AUGGGGUAAGUUGAAAGCCCGGGUCUGAAAUGUGCAGCUUGAUCUUCUCUGCUGUCCUGAAGUGGUUGUUCAGACAGAGAAAAGCUGAAGAAGUGAACUCUGACUGGACUUGUGAGGAUUUUCUGUUCGUGUGCCUGUUUGGUCUGGUAAUUCAGGACUUUCCAAUCCGUUUGAAUCAAUCUAUUGGAAAAUGAUCAGAAACCCAAGAUUAACACCGACCCCAUUUCUUUGUGUACAUUCAGAUGGUAUACAACUCUAGCUGAUACAUGGACGGUUUGUUCAAAACUGACAGAACAAAUGAAGCUGUACCCUUUAUGUGUGAGUGUGUGUGUGCGUGUGUGUGUGUGUGUGUGUGUGUGUGUGUGUGUGUGUGUGUGUGUGUGUGUGUUGAAUUAUUCAUGCCAGACUCCAGCUUGUUUCUAACACACCUGAACCCUCCUUGUAUUACCAGAGUCGAUGCUGUCAGCCUAUCUCUCCUUGUAGGCCAAUGUGGUGACACUUUAAUUGAGAUGCCAUUCAAAUAACUAACUGAGAACAACGUUGGAGCAUCCUAAAUAGCCCACUGUGUAAUCUUUAGGGCUCAAACACUGUGAAGUGUGCUACCUUUAAUUUAGCUCAUGGAGUACACCUGAAAAUGAGAAAUUUACCCACAGAGUUGAGAAAAACAUGAUAAUAUGGCUUUUGGGGGGCCAUCAGAGUUAAAAAACAACAACAACAUGUGGCCCUUGGAUGCUUUAUUUUGUUAAGAGUUUGUGAUAGAGACCCCCUCAGGUUGCCUCCAGUGCCCUUCCUGUGUAUUUUACAAAACUUUUUAUUUGUUUCUCCACAUGUAGAUGGUGUAGAUGAUGGAAACCUGAGUCCACAUGCUACUAAGAGUUGACUUUUAAGACAAUUUGGAGGCAAUUUUCAAAAACAACAUUUUUCUGCAUCAGCCCUAAUUUCUGUCAAAUGUGAUGAUGAAGUUAUUGUUUGCAAAUGCUGUUUGAUUUUAUUGUCAUUAACUAUCCGAAUAGAUCACUUCUACAGUUAUGGAAACUGUGAUCUUGGGUGUCUACAGAUGAGUAAAACUGCUCACUGAUGCAAACUUCAACAGUAGAGCUGGAUUAGGGAUGCACCGAUCCGAUAUUUGAUAUCGGUAUCAGUACCAAUACUGAAGAAAAUUCUAGAUCGGGUAUCAUGACAAUGGGCCUGGUCUAUUCAGUCUGACUCUACGCUAUCCACUGUGCAUGGCAUCCACAAGUAAACAUGCUGAGCGGUUGCCCACACUGUUUUCAAAAUGGAGCGACCAAAGGGGUCUGCUAUCUUGAACUUUAUCACACUACCUCAGCCUACAAGCUUGACGACCACUUGCAACACCUGCGCAGUAAAUGUUCUUAGGGGCAGUGGUAAAACUUCAAGUUACAACAAAAGGUAAUUCAGUGCAGCGAUUUUUGUAUAGGAAUCGGAUCAGUAUUGGCCGAUACUAAACUGUAGAUAUCUGUAUCGAUAUUGGAGGUGAAAACAGCGGAUCGGUGCAUUCCUAAGCAUCCCUUUAGAGUCCCAAAAGUCCAGGCUGAACCUGCAGCCCUCUCACAACACACAGAAACUAAUGAUGCAUUUAGGUGGUCUUCAAGAACAUUUUUACAAUUUCAUUUUAGUAAGUGUUCAGGAAGGCAGGACAGAACAAGUGAUCUCUGUUUAUUUAAAAACAAAUGAAAUUAAAAAGAGGCAAACCUAGCUCUCUAAGGGAAUGAGAGGAGACACACUGGUUGAUUUCACAAAAGUUAUGCUUAAAACACACCACCAAAAUAGGACACAGAGGACGAGUGCUGCCAUGCUGUUCUUGUAGUACAGUAUUGGACCGUCAUUGCUCCUCAAUAGACAGAAUAUAUAGUUUGAUGUGGGGUUAUCUUCAUGUUGAUGAGGAACUCCUGGAUGCAUCAUUCAAUUACCAAACUCUAUGUCCCUAUAAAAGAGUGCUUAUACUGCAGGUAAGUGAUUCACCAGAGAUCUGCAUACAUUCACCAAAAUCUCUUGGCUAUUAUCAAAGAGACUCUGAAACAAACAGCUGUGGACUUUUGUGUCAAAAAUUUUACCCCAACUUUUUUUUUUUUUUUUUUUUACCUUAUCUGCGUUUCUUUAUCUAAAAAUAGACAUUCAAGAAUAUUUUUGUGAUCUUUUUUGUGUUGCUUCCACGUUUGAAUCAUUGGCUGCUCAGUGCAACUUUUUUUCUAGGGGGGACUUGUUGGGGGGAUAUAACUCAAUGUGACCUGUUACAUAUAUGGACAACAAACAAGAUAUUAUUUGUGCUGUUUAACUUGGAUGAUCUGUCCUGUUGUCUUGCUGCAGAGGAGUUGCCCACGAGCUGUAAAAUGUUCCCGAUACAUCGAGAGAGGUACUAACGCACGGCGUCUUUGUGUUGUAGAUCUGCAUGGCAGGGAUGGGCGAUAACUCAAGAUUAGUUUUUGAUCUCCUCCCAGAUUGAUAUUGAGCACCAGAGGACUUUUGUUGAUGCUUUUAAGCAGAAAAAGCUGCUUACUGCCAGCGUGGACUUUCAGAAUGAAUUGAUUUGAUCAAAUUUAGAUGUGCAUACUGAAAUAUUUUAAUCCAGCUUUCUGUAAAAAAAUCAAAAGUUUUGACUUCAUAAAACUCACCAAAUGCACAUGUGUAUUUAUCCACAUGGCUCUGCUUUGACUAAUAUCAAAUCAGGAUCUGCACUAUUGAUACUUUGGGGAUCAAUCAGCCCAUCCCUACUUCAUCAAACAUUUGUCUACCACAGAUCAAACUUCACCCACAGCUCAUCUCCGUAAUGUUCCUCCUCUCCCUCAUAUCUGUGGAAAUGUUUACUGUACUGUGAACUAUGAAGCAGAGAGGAGGCGUCAUCCUCGUCUCUGGUGUGCAGAUGUCGUCUGCAUGCUCUCCUCCUCUCACUGUUGUUGGGUGGUGUCUCCUGCAUCAGAUUGUCUUUCCGUCAGUUUUUCCAUUACAGCUCAAACGCUCCAUAAAUCGCUGUAUUUUGUCUGUAAUCAGAUUUUUAAAGUUGCUGGUAUGUGUUUAUGUCAAGUGUCUUGAUACAAAAAAGUGCAAGAAAAUACAUGAGGCUGAUAUGAGGAGAUAUAAAGAAACUUAAAACCUCAUGAGACUUAUGCAGCAAUACCUAGGCCUUCUCAUACUACACCCAGGCUGUCCACAACAAUACCAAUCGACUCAGUGAGGCUACACUAAAGAUGGAGAAUGCUGUCACAUUAACUACAACUCUAGUUGUACUAAAACUCUGCUGUUUUGGUGAACUACUUAGCGCUGUGCUAAACGUAUGCAGUAGCUUAAUACUUGUGUUUUUGAUUAAAAAAGAGGUGUCAAACCAUAGAGGUGUUAUUUCUGAAACUUUUGAAAUUUAAUGGUUUCUUGAAGAGAGAGAAAAUAAGAUUUUUAUCACUAAAGUAGCUUAACUCACCCUCUGUUGCUAGCUAAAAGUAGUUGGUUGUUGGUCCUAUGCUAAUCGUCUCCAGGCUCGAGCUCCCCCACAUAAGAAACAGACAGCCCGCUCUGUAAGCACUUGUUAGAGUUGUUAAAAUGUGAUGUAUUAUAAGUCGGUGGCACGGCAGGUCACUGUAAUCAUCUUUCUACAUAAUUACAAAGGAGUCAUGUGAGGGAACGGUGAUACUGCUGCCCGUAUUAUCUCAUUUACAGUUUAAAUCUGUCUUAAUGUCCCCCUGCAGCUUCCCUUUAUAGCACAGAGGACGUCUAGUCUUUGAUUUCAGUAGGAACAUAAUCAAUUAAUCUGCAGCAAAACAUCAUUAAAACUGUUUAGUGUCUGCGUCCUCCCACUGCCCAAGGAGAAAGCAGCUGCUCUCUGGGGAGAAGGGCCCCUUAAAUGCUGUUAUGGAGACAUCUGUAGUUGCAUGAAUACACAGUCAUCUUAGCUAAAUCUUUUUCCAUUUACUUAAUUUCCCCGCUUUUUAUUGGCAUGCAGUCAGAGCUGCCGGAGGGUCUUUGUCCCCUCUCUCUCUCUCUCUCUCUCUCUCUCUCUGCCCCUCAUAUUGUGAAUACAGAAAACUCUACAGCUUACCUUCACAGUGUAAGACAGCCGUAAGUAAGACAUCAGCCAGACUCCUGUUAGAGGAUCUGACCUUCAGAUAAGUGAAGUGUCCUGCUGCUGUUGAACACCAUCAGAGCUCAUGGUUCUGGCACUUCUCCAAUUCUUACCAAUGAAAGGUCAAACCCUAGAAACCGAGACGCACAAUCCUUGUUUAUACUUUGCAGCAGUGUAACAAUCUCAUGUUGUGUUGCGUGCAUUGGACUUGUUCAGCGGCUAGUGUUUCCCCUCACAGUGCUAUUUUGGUAUGUGGUUGUAGCGUGUCAUGUUGUCGGACUGGGCCAGACGUUUUUCUCUGGCUGAGGAAUGUGGACACGAGGCUGCUCGCUGUCUCUGAGGUCAGAGGAAGCAGACCCUUUCAAUAAGAAGAGGAACAGAAAGAGAAACCACCAGAAAGAGGAGCCAUGAUUCUUUUUUCUCCUUUUCCUGUGUGAAGACUGAAAUCCCAUGAGGCUAAGACACACAGAAGAGAUCUGGUGGUGUGUUUGUCUGAAUGCACAGAUGGUGAAAAAUGAUGCUCUGCUGAAGCAGUCAGCUGACACUCUCAUCCAGACGGAAUUCAGCUCCUUUUCAAGCCUGUGGGUCAGCAUGAGCUAUUCAGCCUGACAGGGUUUUUAGGAUUACUGAUAUUUUACUAAUAUUAAAGGGAUAUUCCGGGGUAAAAUUAAGUUAGGGUCAAACACAUCGUAGACACCCCGUUGCCGACCACUUGCUUCCCUAGUUAUACCAACUUAAGAAACGACCGCAUGAUAGCAAUACAGAGAGCCACACGCUCAACCAAAACGCCACUCUAUCACCACAAAUAAUGCUCAGAACAGCACCUAACUUCAUCAACAGUACACAAAGGGUCCCAGCCAUAGUACUAGCCACCAAACAUAUUUUUAGCUUUGCCUAAUUUCUUUAACCAAGAGACUAAACACAACUCCCCCACUCUCUUCCAGCGGCCGCUUGUUUGAAGUGAGACCUCAGGUGAGUCCAUCGAUGUAGCCGUGUGACGCAGCUCAAGGAAGAACAUUUACAUUUCUUCAUGGAAAUGCAAUCAGACUGAGAUGCUAAGGCAGAAGAACUACAGCGUCUGCAGAGCAAAAUGAUGAAUAUGGGGAUUAUUAUUUCAAGGAAAUGAUAAAGUCAUGAUCAUAAAUGUUCUUCCUUGAGCUGCGCACCCCCGCUGCAUUAGAUGAUCUCGCCUGGAGGUCUUCGUACAAACAAGUGGCUGCUGAAAGAGAGAAGGUGCGCAGUGUUUGCUUAAGAAAUCAGGCAAAGUUAAAAAGAUGUUUGGUGGCUAGUGCUAUGGCUGGGACCCUUUAUGUACUGUUGAUGAAGUUAGGUGCUGUUCUGAGCAUUAUUUGUGGCUAUAGAGUGGCGUUGAAAUUGUUGAGUAGUAAUAUUACUAAACUGACAGCUUAGAUGAAACAAUAUGUCCAUACAUUUAUUUAAAUAGUGUAUGGUUGUCGCAGUUGAACGGAUCACUGAAAACUGAUUUUAAUGUAAGUGAUGUGAACUAAAACAGCAGUGGUAUCUCUCUGUGAAAACACAUUUUCAAGUUUAAACAAAGCCGGUAUGCCAUCAGCAACCCCAGACAGACCAAAGCCCAGUUCACACGUGGUCCUCAGGCAAUUUCCAGGCAAUCAGGUCCUGACAUUUUCAGGACUUGCCCUUUCACACAUAGAGCACACAGUUGGAGAUUGUUCAUGUCCAACCUCAAAUACCCUGUUUGGUCCCGGUGAUCAGCAGUGUCUGGUGAGAGUGUGCAGGAGGAGUCUUUGCAAUGGUGUCUGUUUCUUGUGUAAUAUCUUUACAACAUGAAUGAGUUUCCUCAAUAACAGCACAGCGAGUUGAAAGCAUGAAACAGAGAAGUGAGGAAAGAAAUGAAGCUGCAAAACUCUGUUAGUGUGGAUGACUUCACCAAACUGCCCACUUGUGGUGAAAGUUGUAGAUUUUUUUUAGACAGUACAUUUUUUUUGCAGCCUCAUUAAACCCAGAAAAGUCUUUACUUUGGUUUAAAAAAUAAUAUGACAAUAGUCAAAAAAUUUGUAUGCACACAAUGAGAAGCAGAAGACCUGGUCACAAAGGGGUUUUUACCUCUAGUAAGGGGUAUGCUGUGAAAAAAAAGGCAGGUAAAAGUCCAGAUUUUGGAUUUGACAGCCCUGAAAUACAUGUGACGAUGCCCUUUUCAAAGGAUUUUACACGGUGACAGAGGGGGUGGUGUUUUCAAGAGAUGCCACUCUAAAACCCAGUUUUAAAAGUUUGCUCUUGUACAGCCCACAAUGCUGUUUUCAUCUAAAGCUCUAUUGAACGUGUUUCUGUGUAAACAGCCCCUCAGGUCUACCUGCAGUGUCCACACAUUUGUUAAAGUUCAUUCAGAGUCUGGGUUUAAUGGAUUUGGACACACCGUUUUACAUUUUUCCAUGCAGCCCACCGUGUGAUAACGGGAUAAAUUCAGGAGUGCAGUGCACUUUCCAAAGGGACUAAAGCCGAAUCUAAUAUUUUAGGAGCUUUUUAGUGUGGUACUCUUUAGAAAUCAGAAAAUCCUUUAACCGUCUUUUGACCCAUCAAAUAAAUGGCAAAUUGUUCCAGCUGUACAUUUUUUCACCGGUCUUGUGGGGUCUUUUUCAACCUUGGAUUAACAACAAACCCGCGUUAAUGUGCAGUCAUAUUUUUCCAGCUGACUCUUUUUAUAGAUUUUCUGGCUUGGGGAAUAAUCUACCUCCAAUCGCUCUUUUUCCUUUCUCCAUUAAAUAUGAUUUAUUUUUGCCAUUAUGGCUUUAUUCAGGGCAUCUGAAGAGAGACAGGAAAUAUUCAAAGUCAGGUUCAGCACAGAGCAGAGAGUCCUGCCAACUGAGACCCCUUUGCUUCUUCAUUAGAUUCACUCUUUGUUAUGAAUAUAAUCAUUAUGAUCUGUUUCAUGAAACUUUUGCCGCUGUUAUCUGUUAAAAUAACUCUCGUAUUGGUGAAAUCAUCACAAAAUUUGAGUUAAUAAAGUUUAAAUUUUUGUACAAGACAUUUCCUGGCUUCGCUCUGACCCUCCUUCAUCACACCUCCUGUCAGCUGUCAGCUUUUGUUUCAAGUGUGAACGCUAGCUUUUAAGCGCAACCAACAGGACUGUUGGCAGCAAGUUUUGUAGCUAUUUACAGCCGGCAGAGCUUAUAGGCUCCAUUACUGGCAGUCUGAGGGGCAUGCUCUCCUCUAUAGAAGAAAUUAGUUGGGUCUGACUGUGGGGCCAGACAGAGGGGUGAAGCUCUUGUAUCACAGAUUAUAGAUUUGGGGUUGUUGAAUGGGUGCUGAAGUUAAGAGGACAGAUGAAGAGAGCAGAAAGAGAGGAUUAAAAAGUGAUGGCUCGGGGCAAAGACACACAGCUCUCAGACAGCACGAUAAUAGUGUGUGUGUGUUAGUGUGUCUGAAUGGCAGCAACUAGACACAAAAUAAGAAAUAUAAUUGGAAAGUUUUGAAAACUUUUUGGUUUAAGGUUAUAAAAAGGUCAUGCCUGCAUAUUUGAAAAAUAAGAUGGUUAAAAAGGCAAUAAUGAGACGCUGCGGUAAAGAGGACGAGCAGACAGAUUUUGUGUUUCUCAGGAGAUCCUUUCGCUGCGUGGCGGGUUGAAUGUGUCAGUUGUUGAUUUUAUCGAUUAAACUGGUGUCCUGCAGUGAAGUUGUCAGGUUGUUUGACAGCUCUCCAAUUUCCGAGUCUUUCAUGCAAAUUUCCUCCAUUUGUGCAGAUGCUUAUCAUAUAGCACACGAGGAAAAAAAACAGUAGAUCUGAAACACGGAAAAGUCAGCUGAAGGAUUGUGUGUGAUUUAGACUAAUAUGAAAAGAUUCAGUCUGUAUCAUCACCCAAAUGUGUCUUUCCAGCUAACAAGUAAUGCCCCACAGCCACAGGGUAGAGUAAUCUGGACAUCAGAUAUCCCCUUCUUUACACUCCUGAUCUAAACCUCAUUAAGAGACAACCACUUUUACUAAUUUGAUCAGGGGUGAAAGUAGGAUAAGGUUCUUGCAGGUGCUGUACCUGUAGGCUUUGUUCAAGAGGAGCACACCCAAGUUUAACGGGGUGCAGACUCUGAUGCCACAGUAUCAUCAUUUGCUGCAUCUCAAACAUAAAAUCAGUUUUUCUCUGCAUUUUGUUUUAUGUCUGCAUUAAGAUCGAAGCAGCUGUCUCUUUAAAAAAGGCGGGAGGUGGUCCCCAGCGCCUAGGCAACCAGCGUCCAAUCGAAAGUGUGCAGUGAGUGCUCCCACUUCUAGAGUUUGUUUGUUUAGGGAAGCAGAUAUGACUCACUCACAAGCAGCACGAUCCUGUUGGAUUACUACGGUUACAAUGUAGAGUUCAGACUGACGUGCAUCAACAUGGUGGGUGAAAGUUUGCGUACCUUUGCUAACGGCUGUAAACUGCUGUUUAUGUCUUCUCGGUAAGGCGUACCGCUGCGUACCGGCUUACUUUCACCCUCAUGUAUGAUGUGUAUCUUUCUUUAGCUACUUCACUGGUUUCCAGUGUAUCUACAGGGUUUGGCCAUUUCUGUUAGCAUGCCAUGGUUCUCAGGACAGACAUCUAUAAUUUAGCUUUCCAAAUAGAUGUAUGUUCAUGCAGAAUGAUGCUUUUUCACUAUUGUUAAGAUUUCUGUUAUCCUGUGAGCUGUACUGUCUCCCUUUUCCUGUUUCGGUCUUUUCUUAUUGUCCAUAUUUUGUAUUUUACUGACUAUCUUUGUGUUUGUUCCAAUGAAAGGCUACAAUUUCUUAACAAAAAAAAAAACACAUCAGUGGAGCUACGUAUGGCUGGUUCAGGUUGGUUUCAGAGCCCCCUGAUGACAAAGAUUUGGUGGCUUAGAGAUAGUAAAAUGUUUGUACCAGUGGCGAUUGCUCUAAGACUGCAAGGGAAGCUCGGCUUCCCUUAAAAUGUCACCCCCCCAAAAAAAGAAAAAGUGGUGAAAUACGUACUGCUGUGUGUACAUUUCAUUAACUAAAUACGUACUAGAAAGCCUUCAUCUUUUGUUCAGACACUGUGAUAAGAAGCUGAUAAUCACAGGUAACCGGCAUAACUUCGUUCUCAUUCAUCCUCGCAGCGCCUCAGCGCUUUAAACAGCCGGACGCUGGGCUUCUGCUGACUUCAAUGUGGAAGCUAAAAGUGGGUUGUUCCAGCAGCGAAACUAGACGCUCAUUGGAUAAAUGCUGGGCUUUGUCCCGCCCAAUGGAAGCUAAGCUUCACUGGAGUUCUAUGGCGAGAGGGCGGUCCCGACUUUCUCCCGGACUGCAAGCUUCUGCAUCCAUGAUUGGAUGAGCUGUCUGAGGCGAAAUCCUUUAUUGAUUGACAGCUAAACAAGCGAAUCAGCGAUCUUGAAGAAUAAAACAUCUACCAGAGCAUUUUCCAAGUCAUUCAUUCCGUUGUUCUUAACUGCUCCGGAGACUUUACCGAUCCUCAGCGACUUCUGUCUUUAUUAAAAACGACUGCCGUUGUGUUUGGCGACUCUGUUCUGUUACAUACUAAUAAACAAAUACAAUUAUGAUGUAGGCCAGAAAAAUGAGCUUCCCCUCAUUGAAAGACCAGCAGCCGCCACUGGUUUGUACCUAUAUUAGACGUGUUUCUAUUCCAGAGGAGGUAAAUAGCUUUUAUCUGAGAUGUUUGAGCAGUCAUCUGGAGCCAGCAUGAGGACAUGCUGUGAAUGAAGCCACGCAGGUCAAAGGAAGUGUAUUAAGUCUCCUUGUGGAAAACUCAUCCCUCAUACUGUUUGACUUCUGACUUAUCCAGAGGGAGCGAUCAUAGAAAAGCCUCUGUUUAGAACUUUUUGCAGGCUGCAGCCAAAUACAGUUUUGGUAUUUUCCCGGCCCUGAGAGACUGAUUUCAUCCAUGUGAAAGUUGACCUGAUAAAGAGCCUGAACUCUCAACAGAAGCUUUUCCAGAAGACACACAGGAGGAGAAAAAAAAGAGGGUUGAUUGGCUGGGUUUGACUUAUCAGAGCUAUCAUCCUGAAUGUGCACUCAUAACCUCGAAAUUCAUCUAAAGGCAUCAUCGUAAUUAAUUUAUCAUGAGGGUGGAGUGUAGCUGAUGGCCUCGGGGCUGCGUGCCUUUCCCUCUAUUGGUUGUCAUUGCUGAGCCUUUGUUGGGGAAUGUGCAGGGCAGAUAGCAGACUUAAGACCAACUCAAAGCUUCCACCAUCAGCUCAGACUCAGCUGCUUUGCUCUCCUUCUCUAUCUCUGUCAAUGGAAGUAUAUCAAAUAAAGGUUUUCUGCAGGCAAACUCUCAGAAGUGUCUUUGAUGGAAAGUGUAGUUUAAAAUCCGUCAGUUGGCUUCACGUCAAAAUCAUCAGAUGAUCAAGCGCUGACAGGCACAUGCCUCAGACUGCUGCAGAUUUGUGCGAUGCGUGAGUACAGAGACGUGCAGGAGGGAAGAUAAAAUGUCCCAGAAAGGCAUGUAGACUGUUUGUGCCCGUAGAGGUUUGAACCACACUUGAGGAUUCAGCCGUGUUCCCCUGCCGGCCUGCCUGCCUGCCUGGCUCAGAUCCCAGAAGAGCUUUCUCUCCUGUGGCUCCCAGGUUUUUCCUGUCAAUCUUUUUUUUCCGUUUCCUCAUUCUGACCCUGAAUGCUAAUACAAAAAAAUCCCAAAGAGGAUGUGCUUGCUUAUCCACUUUAUUAAAGACAAAAGUUGUUUUCUAAAACCUGCUCAGCAAACUUCUCAGGUACAUCUUAUUAGUUUGAAGAACUUCUCUAAUUUAGCCUGAGUCUAAGCAAUUAUUCUCCACUUUCAUUGUUAUUUGAGCUGUAUGCCUUCUGUUUUGAUAAUCAAUAAAUAUUAAAAUGAAUUUUUCAAGAGAGAUGGUGAACAUUAUGUAAGUGACUGAAAAUGUUGGAGCAGCUUGUUUUGUCACUCUCCUCACAGAUUCACGUCGCACUAACACAGUUUAGAUUCUCACAUCUGAAUAUAAAAAUGUAAAAGGGCAGAUUAUUCUUCUACAAACUUGUCUGACUUUGACCUUUUUAUUUACUGAGCUGUAAUCUGAACACUGCACCACUGCAUUAAUGCAUGGAUGAGUGGCGGGUAUUGUGUACUGUAUAUGAUGGAGGGGGUUGGGUGGGCGGAUGCAUCUUUGACCUAGAAUAGAUUAACAGUGAUUGAUCCAGAUGACCCCUUCUCUGGAUGUAGGCCUCAGGCUCACAGAGGGAGGUGGGGGGCCCUAAACAGAGAGCUACAUGCUCAGAGAGCAAACCAGCAAAAUAACCAAUUUCAUUAAAUAUGUCACAACUCGUGAACCUGAACCCUUCAGAAAGAACUGAUGUAUAACGGCCUGAACAUGAAAAGAGGGGGAGUAGGGGAGAGUGGGGUAAGAUGAGCCAUUUUUUCAUAUUUCAGAUCACUACAUCAAGGCGAUCAUAGUUUUGUCUAUGUGUAUCUGCAUAUAUUUCAAGUUGUUGUGCAUCCCUGCAAACCAACAGGGUCUUUUUUGGUCUGAACAUAAUUCUAAUAAAACCUAUGACAGACUAAAUUCACUUCCAAGGUUGGAAAUUAUUUUUUUGUAAAUAAAUGUCUAACCCCUUCACCCAUGUGCUUCUAACCUUCACAGACUACAUGAAUUGAUGCCCAUCUCCUAAAUAUUUGGUCACAUGAUCAAUUUCUUUGAUCGUUUCCAAGCAACAGGGGGUGGCUCAACUUACCCCACUCUCCCCUAUAUGUAGUCUCUUCUCAUGAACACAACAAACCUGACCCGUUCAAAGGUACUUACACUAUGUCCUGCCAACAUCCCCAUCUACGAAGACUUGUUUUUACCCUUGUUUCUCCCCACUAUUUUGGCCUGAUACAUUUAUAUUAAAGAUGAGGUGUAAUCGAGGCUCCUCACAUCCUGAACAGGCUAUUUAAAAAGAGCUCAUGGUUAGCCCAAGAUUAGCUUGCUAUCACCAACUGAGCUACACCACCUUGAUUCACUCUUAGCAUUCAGUGAUUUUUAAAUGAUAAGCUAGCAAAAUCAGCUUUUAAAAUGUGAUUUUGGUUGAAUUAGCUGUCCACUUGUUUGCUAAAUUGAGAGCAUGAGAGUUUAUUCAGCUCUGUGGUUGACUGGUCGUAUCAAGGGCUUGAGUUUGUUGUUAUUGUUGGGACUUUGUGAUGCUGUUGUUGUAGCAGUAGAGCUACAAGGCAAGAAAUUUACCAAUGCCCAUACAUGUGACAUCUUGAAUCACCAAAACUGUUCAGUGUCCUUUGAAGAAAAGACUGUUAAGAGCUCUCUGGGCAAACAAGGACAGGGAAAGUCUAAUUUCAACUUUGGUAUUUUUAUCCUGUCACUCAGUGGUUGGAUGCAGCAGAUUGAUCGUGAGUUUUUUGUCAUCUUGCUAAAUGUUGGAUACGCUCAGAAGUCAACCAUUUAUUGAUUCAUAAAUUUACGAUAUUCGCAGACAGCUCCUCAGGUCAUCAGAUACAAACAUGGAUCCGCUUUUACCCAGUCAUGCUGAGUUUUCCUCUUGUAACACCUGAUUUAAUUAAGAACUACUCGGUUUCAUGUUAAUUAGAUCUGGUGUGUGUAAAGAAGCAGACUCUGCUCUCCUUCAGGCUUCUCUGACUGUCAAGCUGUUCCAUGUUUGCUCUCCCGAACCUCAGGAGGAUUUUAAUCCAGUUUUAAUCUGCUCAUAUCAUCAAACCUCGAUGUGAUGCAUCCUGUCUGAGCUGAUUAGCUUGACGGGCUUUUCACGGAGCUACGUCGAGGCAGGACCACAUGAAUGACGGGACAUUAUUUUUUGUGUGAUCUGCUGUGACGGCUGGGAGCUGAUGAGCUUUCAGUCAUCUUUUCUCAUUAAGAUAAGAAUACGAUAGAAUAGAAAUCCUGACAGAAGCUGUUUUACCUUGAUGGUAAACGUUAUUUACUUUACCCGAUUGCCUUGCUGCUUUUAAUGCCCUGUAUAUAAUUACAACAACCAUUCAUUAUUUUUAUAGAGCGUAAUUAAAUCCUUCAUGGUGCCUGAUUCAAGUGCAAUAUUUUGAGUAGGAUUUUACCCCCUGACAAGGAGAUGAAUUUCGAGGUUUAUCUCAAACCUCAUAUCCAGCAAUCUUUCAUUAAAGGCUUUGUUGAAACAUCCUGAGCACUAGCUUUGCUGAUCUGUACUCUAAACCGUGGCGUACUUUAACACUUCCUGUGGAAUCAAGGUGUGAAGCAGUUUUCCUAGAGUUUGACAACACAAGCCCUCUUGGACUUGUACAAAAAUUUCUUCAAAAAUUUCUCAUCACAAAACUAGAAUCAACACUUGAGACUCUGAUGAAGUAACAUCCAAAGAUUUGUUAAUUUCACAAACAGAAAAUCCUGCUACAGGUGGGAUUUCUGCAAUGAAGUAGUAGGGCAAACAACAGUUCCAAACACUUGGACAAAAAGUGAAAAAUCUCAUGAAAUUCAAAGAGUGAAUAAAAAUACAACAAAUAUUCAACAACAUGAAGACUAAAGCUCAUAUUUCAUGAUGAUAUAUGGACUAUUGUUAGUUAACCUGGCAGUUAUUAGCUGGUUUACACUCAUUAGCCUCUUUCUGUCAUGCUCAUGUAUUCCCUCUGUCUUACUAACACACACAGACACACACACUGGCCUUCUCCUGACCCUCCUGGUGGCAGUGCUUCAUUGCUCUCCUCUGUCCACCUCUGGCUGCAUAAAAGUUUGCACUGCUGUAGCACAACACACUGUGUGACCCUGUAUGUUAAAUUCAUGUUACCCAGCCCUGGAUAAAACAACAACAUUUGGGUUUAGGUGUGUCGUUUGUCACUGAUAACAGGAUGUUGCCCAAACUUUAUGUUUAGAAACUUCUUUUGUAGUUUGAAAAAGUGACACCAAAAUGACGUCACAAUCAGUCCAGUGGGGUAAAAAUAUCAUGCGUGACAUCUUGGGAGGUUUAUAUAUUCAACAUAUAUUUUAGCAGCUAUAUUCAUAGAUGUUCAUGUGUUACAGCAGCAGGCAUAAAUUACAGCACAAUUAUACUGUGAAGGAAUGCUCUAGUUUGAUUGGAUUUCUUUUGAAGGUAAAAGCUCAGGUGUAAAAAUAACCAUUAAUUGCUUCUUACCAUUUGGAUCCAGGGUGUUCAUAAAGAAAAAAAACAGCGCAGCUCUUAGCGGGACCCUGAGAAAAUGGAGCAGUGAUUUGUUGAUGUUCUGGACCAGAAUCAAUGUUGAAAUUUGUUGCAGACCAGUGAAAUCAUUGAAAGUCAAUGACGUCAUUGUGUGUGGUUUAUGCUGGAUGCAUAGCAGUUGAGCAGAGUUGAAUUUGUAAGAAGUGACACCGCUGGUAAAAUGAGGAACAACUCUGCAUUUUGUGGACAUUAAGGUUUAUUGCUAUCAUAGGUUUUUCCGUUGCUUUUAUAAUGACAAUAUAUGCUCCUGAAGGCUCUGCAGCUCUGAAUAAUUUACAUUCCUGCUAUAGGUAGCAUAUUUGAUCCAAUUUUAAGGGUCUGAAACAUCACAGUUGGAGACUUACUUUAUUAUUCAGUGACUCCACGUUUUCCAGGUAACCAAGACCUAUUUCUGUAUCAGUUAUGAUUUAUCGCACCUCUACCUGCUCCCUCCCUGGACUCAAUCAGCUUCUUUGGCUGUGCUGCUGUGGUCCAUUGUGAAUCUCAGCUACAGUAAUCUGUGUCGAAACAAUAACCACUAUUGUUUAUAUGCAAAUUUAAAGUAUUUUACGCCAAAUCCAAAGGGGACAAUGCUUCAUAUAGCUGGUGCUGACCUACAUAAAUGGUUAUUUCUCUUGCUCCGACAAAGAAAAGAACCUCCCCCUUGCGCACACCAUCCUCAUUAAUGGCAGUGAAUAAUUGACUUGCAAUGGGGAAUGGCUCAUUGCAUACAUUAACUUUGUGAAGGCUGUAUUAGCUGUGUAAUGUUGCAUGAGCAGUCCCUCAUUGUCCUGUGAGCCUCCGACGCCUCCAUCCCUUUGUUAGUCCCCACAGCGAGUACGAAGUUCUUCAAAGAGAGCGGGACGGCUAAUUGGACUGCUAGCGGUUAGCUCUUUAUACACCAAUAGCCUCAUUACAUCUGGAGAGCAUCAGUGACCCAAGGUCCCUGAAAACACAAUCACAUUUGGGGUUUGGGGUUAUUUUUCAACCUAUUUAUAGAUCGAUCCACCAUUAGAGUCCACUGAGUGGCAGAGAGGGGCCCCAGAGUGCCGGGCAAAGUCAAUGACUCGCAGUUAAACAGACGAACAAGAUGAAAAUGAUAAUGAUGUUCAGCAAAUUAUAAUGUAGGGUACAGAUGUUUCAGCCUUUUGGCUCUCAUCAGUGAACUAAAAUGUGAGUGAUAUUUCUGUUAUCGUCUUUCAGUCGUGUUUCAUCAGUAUGGAUCUAAAGGCAUUCUCGUCAAAGGCACUUUUUCAUACUAAAGCACGUGAAGCUCACUCACAGAAAUUUCUAAGAAAACUACACAUACAAAUAAUACCCAUAGAUAACUGGUUAAUUUAAUACUGCAGAUAAACUGAACUUUCAAACAGUAGGUAGUACUGAUUAAAACUGGGAGCUCUUUCUGUCUUCAGAGACUCAAACUGUUUUUGUUACAAACAUCCUGAUUGCUUUGCCAUGCUUAUACCGCCUCCAGCCAGUGUUUGGACCGUCUCGAUAUGAUGCCGUUUAAUUGUUUUAAGUUUCCACAAAUACAGGUAAAUCUAGUCAAUUAAAUGUCCCUCUUUGACUUCAGCUCUGUCUCCUUUUCAUAAAUAAUUUGCAACAGGUUUGCAGAAAAAUAUCAAAUCACCUUUUUAGUAACAAAAGCGAAUGACUGAUGUGAACUUAAACUUUUUCUAAGCUGCUUAUAUGUUUGUUUUAUCAUAACACGAACACAUGACAACAUUUUUAUGUGCUUGAUUUAUCCAUGCAUUAUUUCUGUGUGUUUGUGUCUGUGCAUUGUUUGUGGUUCAUGUUUUCCUCACUUGUUUGUGUAAAAUUGUUUAUUAUGAUGGCGUAUUAGAUUUUACAGAUAACUUGCGUCUUUCGGCUCAUCAGCCCCAUGUUUUUAUCAGAAGUAUGAAAAGAUUGUACAAAAAACUGAAUAUUAAUCCAAUUACUUAUGUGUAAUUUCUUCCUCCUAAUUUUAUGACCUUAUGUCUGAAAAUGUAACUCAUCAAGUAAAUUGCAAAAAACUGCAAGCCAGCUAACAUUUAUUAAUGAUGCUGACUUUACACCGGUGUUUUGUAUCAUAAAAUAACUGAAAACUGUAAUAACGCCAAAACAAAAACAUUAAUUUGUUCUUUACUGUUGUGAUUUUUUUCUUCUGAAGGGAGCAGCCCAUCUACAGUGCUAGAGCUCAUGUCUUCCAGAUCGACCCGGCCACCAAACGCAACUGGCUGCCGGCCAGCAAGCAUGCCGUCACCGUGUCCUUCUUCUAUGAUGCCAGCCGCAGCGUCUACCGCAUCAUCAGUGUGGGCGGGACAAAGGUGGGAACCAAUCAGAAUAAUCAUCUAAUCAAACAUUCAAGUGUUCACAACUUUCACUAUACCAAAUCACAGACUUUGUUUGUGUUUGGGCAUAGGUGUGGAUUUUAUGGGAAUACGUCUGUCUGUCAUUUUUAAGAGGUGAAACUGUAAAGAGGCGACAACGACACAUUGUGUGACCUUCAUAUUCUAAAAAGCAUCUUUGCAUUAUCAGCCGCUUUCAGAGAGGUCUAUUUAUAAAACUGUAUUUUUAUUGUUAUUGCAGUUUUUUGCUAAAUAAAGUUGACAGUAGAUACAGGAUGUGAGCCUUUUAUGAGCUUCUACAGGACCGAAAUGACCCUUGUUGCGCUUAGCAGUGAUUAUAUAAUAUUUGCCUCUAAGUGUUACUGUGUUGAAGAGAGCGUUUAGUUGCGCAUACAUCAUAUUCCCCUGACUAAGAUUUUAUUUAGCCUCCUCUUUUCCAGAUAAAGAGGAAAUAAAUCGGUUUCUCUUUGGUUUUGGCUGUCAGGGGGCAGAGAAUGCAUUAGUCAAAGAUGCAUAAAUUGUCAGCAGAAUAUUAAUAACACACACACUCACUCACACACACAUACAGGCAAUCCAGCAUCCAAAACAACGGGAAGACACCUGGGAAUGCAAACACUAACAGCAGAUCUUGUUAGCACCAAACUCAGAGAGAAUUCUGCACUUUGUAGUUAUCAGCCAAUUGAGCCCAACUGAGUGCCCUGAGACUUGAAGCUUUUGGAGGAGAGACCAAAGAACUCCACAUUUGGCAAAAAAUCCACCUAAUCAGACCGUUCACCGGAGAGAGGAAGUGAACAGAUCAUUGCACAGCACAACAAGCUUUUUCCUUAGCUCUUAGUUCUGUGUUGGGAUCGCUGGAUAUUUUGUCUUUAUUUGCAUACACAGUUCUCCAGUACACCUCCAUGAAGACACACUUCACAGGAAUAUAGUAUGGAAGGGAUAAUGCAGGUUGUUAUACUUUUGGAAGUCUCAAAAGAUUGUGAAGUUCUUGUCCCAGUCUGUCCCAGCUACAUGUUUGAUCAGUAAUUUUACUCUAAAUAUUCUCUUUCAGAUUAUUUUACUGAUUUAAAAAUGAUCAUGUUUGAUCAAAAAUUUCUGCUACAGCCUACAGUUUUAUUUUUUAACGUCUUCUGUCAAAUCAACCCUACUUGUUUCUGUGCAUCAGUAUGACUAAAGUCAGCCCAGCAGAGUCAAUUAUUAAAACUGCAGCAUGUUCUGCAUAGCAACAGUGUGCCAUCUUGAAAUAACAGCCCGUUGCUAUGAACUGUUGCUAUGUACUGACUAAUCAGAAUCAAGCAUUUUAUAAAUUCAUGUUUAAAGAACUUUCUUUCACAUAAAAUGUUAAUGAGCGCACUAAAGAAAUAAACACAUCCAUGUUCUCUGUUUGAGCUGCUGCCCUGAGACAGAUUGGCCUCUUUGUAGCAGUGGGCCUUAAUGAAUUUGGCAUUUAAAGGUGACAGAAAUAAAUCAUGGCUGCCUUGUUAGUUCUGGACAGUGUCAGCUCUUUGUUUUUAAAAAUUACCUUAAAAAAAAUGGAUUUUAUAGCAGUUGCAUGGUUGAUAAAUGAAUGAAUGAGUGAAUGAAUGAAUGAAUGAAUGAAUGAGUGAAUGCUUCUGUGCGUAUGAGUAAAUAACCCGGCCAUGUUGAGUUGGAUUCUGUCAUAAUAAAAGAUACUGAAGUUGAAGUUGAUUCCCUGAAAACACAGGUUUACCAACAAAUGUGCGAAGUUUCUUAGAUUUCUGUUUUUUAAUGUUGCUAAAAAUUAAAAUAUAUUGAACACCAUGUAAAGCCUGAAUUAAAAAUUAGAUACAGAUAAAAAGCGGGGUUGUGUCUGAAGUAAAAAAUGUUUGAAUAAAAUCAUUAAAACAAAUCAAAAAAGACCCAAAAUAUUUCCCUCCUUAUCAUAAUUUAAAUUCAUUUCAAUAUUUAAAUAAUGAACACCUUCACUGAACAUAUGACUAACUUUGAUUCUCUGAGUGUGAAUCAUGUUAUUUUUCACAUAGUGAAUCAAUUUCCUCCUUGGAUCAUGUAUCUACUCUUUAAGUUCAUGUAUUCAUUACUCUUUGUAUCUUCUCUGAUCUCAGGCAAUCAUCAACAGCACCAUCACACCUAACAUGACAUUCACCAAAACCUCCCAGAAGUUUGGGCAGUGGGCGGACAGCCGGGCCAACACCGUCUAUGGACUGGGCUUCUCCACAGAGCAGCAGCUACAGCAGGUGAGCAACACACAAAAAUAUAAACACGUCAGCAGCAUUCAAACUUAAAUACAGAGAAGAAAAGUGUCAUUCAUGAGGUAUUAGAUAGAGCGACGGCAAAUCAUCAUCAUGGUCAUUAUUUGCAAGUCAUGAUUUAGUCUAGUGCAGCUGUAUUGUAUCUUGGCAUAUCUGUACAUGUGGAAAUGCAAAAUGUUACAUACCUGUCAAAGAUAAAAAAAAAAAAACCUGCAGAGAACAUUUGUGCACACCUCUUCUACCUGACAAAACACAAGUGUUAGGUACGGUGUGUGAAUUUUUGAGGUUUUCUUAUCUGACACAGUUUACCUUCUCUCCUCCUGCAGUUUGCGGAGCAGUUCAAGGAGGUGAAAGAGGCUGCUCGUCUGGCCAGGGAGAAAUCUCAGGAGAGGUUUGAACUGGCUAACCCUGCACUCAACAUCGCUGCACCAGAGGUAAAGCACCGCUAUUCUCUCUAAAAGGUCUUGUGUGCUUUCCCAAUUUUUCAAGUUAUGUUUGCUGAUCAAAGCGAGUGGAAAGCAAAAUUUAGCCAGAAUGAUGAAAUUUUUGAAUCGUUCAUAUUAUGACAAAUGAGACAAGAAGAAAAUCAGUCAUUCUCUGAUAGAAAUGAAUGCAUUUUAAUGCUUAUAUGUCAGUCUUUUAUAAAUUCACAAUAAAUCCCUUCAUGAAAGCUUUUGCAUUUGCAGAUUUGAAAAGAAAACCCACCUAAAAAUGUUGAAAGAUAUGCGGGUUAGGGUUGAGGACCAGAGGGUCACCACUUCAGGUCUCUUCAGCUCUACAGGAGCUUUAAAAACCACUUGGCUUGUUUUGCUCUACUUUACAACUGAAAUUUGAAAAUAUAAGACAGCAAGUUUAGGUUGUAAUAAGUGGACCUGUGACCUACAAGAGACAUGACGGUCUUUCAAACCCUAGAGAAAGAGGAGAGCUGUAAUAUCCCGAUGAACUCUGUCCCUUUGUUUCUAUUUUAAACAUAUAACAGGGAUUAGAUGGAUCCCCAUCUGGCUGCUCCAUUAUUCUCCCUUUGGUUAACUCCAUUAAAAGAUUUCAUGCAUGAAAAAUGGAGAGGGGAAGCAGAAAGAGACGUCGGCGCUGAAGGUGUUUGAAGGGACGGUAAUGGCGGGGUCUGAAAGAAAAAAGAAAGAGGGAUCAAGAGUAUGGAGAGAAGAGAGGGGGAUGAUGGGAUAGAGGAGGGAGGGGAGCUAAAUCAUCUAUAAUUGAGGGAAUCUGGCUGCUGCUGAAACGACAAUGGCCAGGCCUUAUCCUGCCAGCGCUGGUGAUUUCUUGGUGGACCUGAUAAUUCUGCUGCUCAGCCAGAGAGGUGGAAGUUUGCCUGCAGUGGAAACUUUUUGUCCUUCACUUUGUCGUCUUUGCACAACAAGCUGCCCUGUAGUGACCUUAAACACACACACACACAGACAGACACAAACACAGCGCAGUAUUUUUAAGGGAAAUUCUCCUGACAUUUAGGGCAUUAACUAGAACACGCCCUGUUUGGAUGGCUGUGAUUUGAUUGUGCAAACAUGGGAGGAACAGAACCACAUGUGAACUUUGGGAAAGCUGUGGAGCUGCUCUGCUCUGUGUGUGAGUGAUUUCUGCCAAGUAUUAGGAUUAAGAGAGCGUUGAAGUGGCAGGGAUUCAAAACGGAAAAGUGUGUGUGUGUGUGUGUGUGUGUGUGUGUGCGCCCACAUUGUGAGGAGAUCCAAACAAAGCGGCACUCAGCAGGUCUGAGGGACUGCAGAGUCAUGGUGUAAACUGCAACCUCGCUGAGUGAUAAGAGUUGAUGGUCUCUUGUCUAUUUAUCAAGUGUAGCAAAGAGAGCAGACUCAAAACAGAGCAACAGCAUCCAGAAGAGUGACAGGAACUAAAUUUCAGAGCAAGAGUUGAACAAUAUCGAACAAACUUGCUGACAUUCAAAGGUUAAGCUGGUUCAAUAAGGCCUUUGGUGCUUUUUGAAGUGCUGGUGAACUGCACAGAAGCAGUUCAGGCUUGGGUCAAUCCAAGGUCAGCCGGAUUAUGAGUGUUACUUUCAUAAUCCUCAAUUUUUGUAAUAUAAUGAAGUUGUUUUUGUAUUUUAGGUCAAGAUUUUAAGCCAUGAGGUAAAGUCAGAUUUCUGCUGACUUUACCUCAUGGCUUCCUUAAGUUUCUCUUUUUUCCGUAAAAUGCAAUUUGCAAUAUCUUUAAUUCCCAAUUUUAAAAAAAUCCCUGUAAAGCCUUUAUAAUGAAACUUUCCUCAAAAUGUAAGAUUCCUACAAAUAUUCAAAAUUGACUUCAAUUUGCUGUGACCUCUCUGUAUCUGAUGGUGAUGAGUGUUUUCAGUCAGGGAUGUCUGUCUUUGCUGAAGUUAGUCAAGAUGAAAAAAAGUGUGUUUGUUGUUUUUGAGUUAUUUUCUUUGUUUAGUUUUUUUUUUUUUUAAUAUAUGAAGACAGUCUUGACCUGCUCCUGCUGGCUGAUGCAGUUAAGAGUGCUGAAAUUAUUUAAUUUUUGUAUUUUAAAAAAGCGAAGUUCUGCACACCUGAGUUUUGAUUCAGUGAGAUGUACAUAUAGAUUAAUAUACUUACUGUGCCCUCCAGCUCUAUCUGAAGUCACUUCUCACAAACAACAAAGAACAGUUCUGACUCAUCGCUCGUCUUUCUUUAUUCUUCUUUUCUCUUUUCUGUACAGCAGAGCACUCUGGUGUAUGCUAUAAUUUCUUUCCCUUGUGAGAGUCUUUGUCCAGCCACCCACUGGGCUGUCAAACUAAGCAUACUCCCUGGACUAUCAUCAGAGGUCCAUAUGUCUUUGGUGAAAUAAUAACCGGAAUAUUCUUACCGGAAGAUCUCCAGCAGAAACCCGGUGUAUAAAAGCUGCAAAGAUCACAAAUGUAGUGUGGUUUCUGACCAUGCAGCCCUUAAAAACAAGCGGUAAGAUCCUGAAAUCAGUUUGUCAAUUAACUGGUGAUCAGUGGAGACAGCAGGUAUAGGAGUGAUGUCUUUACCUCUUCUGGAAACAGUUAAUGCUGAGCAGCAGCGCUCUGAAUUUUUCCGGCGUAAAAUUACAGUGCUCAGGCCAGUCCAUUGCCGACUACAGCGGGGUGACGCAGCUCAAGGAAGAACAUUUAUGAUCAUUACUUUAUCAUUUCCUUGAAGUAAUAAUCACCAUAUUAAUCAUUUUGCACUGCAGACGCGGUAGCUCUUCUGCCUUAGCUUCUUGGUCUGAUUGCAUUUCCAUGAAGAAAUGAUCAUAAAUGUUCCUCCUUGAGCUGCAUCACCCUGCUGCAGUCGAUGGAUUCGCUCGGAGGUCUCCGUACAAACAAGCGGCUGCUGGAAGAGAGUAGGUGAGUUGUGUUUAGUCUCUUUGCUAAAGAAAUUAGGCGAAGUUAAAAAGAUGUUUGGUGGUUAGUACUGUGGCUGGGACUCCAUAUGUACUGUUGAUGAAGUUAGGUGCUGUUCUGAGCAUUAUUUGUGGCUAUAGAGUGGCGUUUUGGUUGAGGUUUGUUUAUGGCUCCUCAGACCGCUGUGUAUUGCUACACAGUUUUUAUUGCUGUUGAAUCAGCAUUGUGGGACUUGUAGUUUUAUUGGUGCUAAUGCUAGCUAAAGCCGCUGCUGCAGCUACAUGUUUUUUUUUUUUACUUGCAUCAAUAAAUCUUAAAGACCUUUUUCCGUCCUCAGCAUAUACUCUCAGCUCAUGUUUUUUGCCAUCCUCCUCCAGCCUCACUCCUGUGUGCUUGUUCUUUAGUGGAUGUAAUUGUCAGAUCAUAUACACUACCUUUUGUGUCAGAAACCAUCUUUUAUUGAUAGAUGUUAGCGGAUAAAAUUGUAUUAUAAAAAUAAUGAAUAAUAAUAAGAUGUUCUGUGUACUGGGCUGAGAAUGAUCAGGCUGAUAUAUAUCAUGCAUCCCCUCCUUGUAGCCCAAGGUUUCUGCAAUUUUAUGACACUUUCCCUUAACCAUUGUUGGAAAGUGCUUUACAGUGCUCUGAAUAAAAAUGCACAACAACAACAACAACAACAACAACAACAAAAAGACACAUUAAAUAAAUCAAAUAAUAAAAAAAACAUUUCUAAAAGGCAGCUUCGACUUAGAGGCAGUUAUUUCCAUUGUUCAGACCUGUGAAUGCUGCAGUUGUUGACAGUUGUUGUAGAUACACUUCUAGUUAAUACAAGAUAAUUAUGUUUUUUUUUUAAUCUUAGAAAUAAACAACAUAGAAUAUCUACUGCAGUGAAGAAAUACAACAUUCACAGUUGAGUUCAUGUCUUCAGUGUGAGGGAGUGCGAAGUGUAGAGUUGAAGUGCACGCGCAGAGGUCAGAGGUCAGGGUCAGUGAGAGAACAGCAAGCAGAGAUGUUACAUCCUGUCGCCAUGGCAACUGGGAACAUGUUUGUGCAUUGGAUGGGGCUCUGCAAAAAAAAACAAACGAAACACUCCUUUUUUUUCCUCGCACAAACAGAGCGGAGACAGAAACAAAUGCUCGUGCACACAUAUAAAUUGAUUAAAAAGGCAACCACACACGCACGCACGCGCACACACACACACACACAGAAGAAGCACCUGGGUAAAAAUGCAAGGUCAGUCUCAAGCGAGCAGCACAUACAGAUCUCCAGAUAACAAAGCGCUCAUUGAUUAUGUGUCAGCUGCUGCACGCUCAGAGGUUGUUGAGCUGUUUCGUGUUUAUUAUCACGUUUCCUGACUCACCGGCUGCUGCAUAUAGUAAAACAAAACGCACUACUCACUGUCUGAACCUGUGUAAUGUUGAAAUAACACCCUAUCUCGGGUGUUAUGGAGAGUGAGAAUACAAGGUUAUUGUGCUGUCCUGAACCACGGCCAAGUAUUGAUCACUGUCUCAGUGUGGCUAAUACCAGUUAAGAGCCCCAUUUAGGCUCCUGAGGUGUGUGUUCUGUUUGAAGUGAUCCACAAACAGGUCAGGCUGAGCAUAAAAACGGUAUGAGCGCAGUAGAAAUCUGAGAUAUCACUUUUACUUUAGUAAAUGAGAAACAUGAGUCAUACGAGAUUCCCUGUUGGAGAGAGAAAGUAAGCAGCAGGACGUCUACUGUCAAGAAACUGAAAUAAAUUGCACCAAAACCAUUUAGAAAGACUGAUAAUAAACACAGUAAGUUCAUAAGAGAAACACGAAGCACAAAUAUCUCACAAAAUAACUCAGACACUAACUUAAAGGGUCCUUGAGGACAUACUUUUUACUUAAAGGCAAACUUACUGGACACACAGUCAAGUAUGCAAACAUUACAUAACAAUAAAUUGAUAAAACUGCAGAAAACGCAGAUUUAUCCGAUGCUGGAGGGAAACAUUAUGUAUAUUUCAAAUAUUUUUGUUUCUCUUCUCCUGUCAUAUCUGUAAGUUUUGCAUCACGUUCAGCUGGUCAGUUGUAUCGUCAGAAACGCAGAGCUGAAUCUGCGCAGCCUCGGGCUGUGCUCCGAAGGCAGCAGGGGAUCAGCAUGCAGUAAAGCUUCAGCUCUCAGGCUUAUUUGCAGAGCUUAGUGAUAAGAUGGAGGAGGAGAUGGUGAGGUUUAGAGAGAUAAAGAAGAAGAAUGAUAAACAGAGCGAUACAAAGAGAGUUAUAUAGAGCUGACAAGUAUGAAGACAAUAAACAGUUGAAUGCAGUGGAGUGAUAUUUAUCUGAUAAUAUUUAUGUAGAAACUUAGCAGGAGUUUUACUGUUGAAUACUUUGUGGGGAAGGAACCCUUUACCUUGGUGCUGCUCAUAUCAUUAAAGGACAACUUAGACGGAUAUUCACAACAGUAAAGAGGAAAAUAAAGCCGAAUAUGCACAAUCUUGGCUCAGUGAUUCAGAUUAUGUCCUCCUUUGUACAGUUUUAGUGGUAAAAGAAAUGCAGUUUCACAUCAGUAAGUUCAACACCAUUGGGAGACAACUUUUAUACAUAUAGGAUCACACUCCACUGUAACUGUAUAAACAUAUUUUAUCCAACUAUUUAUUAAAUAACUGUACAUAUUCCUACUCGUACUCCUAAAUAUCUUAUUGUUUAUAUUCUUCAGCACACCCACUGUUUAAUAGCAUUUUCUCUAUUUCACACCUGCACUAAUCAGUAUACUGUAUAUAAAGAUAAUGUACAUAAUUAGAUAUUUAUUCAUUUUUUUUCUGUAUAGCCUAUUCAGACCUGCAGUAACCAACAUCAUGUAUAUUUUUAGCAUAUUCAUUGUACUUCUGGUUAGAUGCUAAACUGGAUUUUGUUGUUCCUGUACUUGUAGUGUGUUUAAUGACAAUAAAGUUGAAUCUAAUCUAAUCUAAACUAAUUGAAACUAAUCUAAUCGAGUCUAAUCACUGAACAGAGAAUUUAAAAAAUACAAAAACAGUACAGAGCAGAAGCAGCUGUCUUUACUUUGAGCCUGCUGAUAGGAGCGUUUUCUCCUUUGCAUCCUCCUCUCAUACAGUUUCUAUGCAGAGGCAGACAGAGAGGCAAACAGAAUCUCCAGUCAUCAAUAUUUCAAACCACAGACUUGGCUUUAAAAUCAGCCAAAAAGAAGUAUAUGUCUGCCUGUGUGUGUUUUUGUGUGUGUGUGUGUGUUUUCGUGUGUGUGUGUGUGUGUGUGUGUGGUGGAGGACAUGCCUUUCAAGAGAAACCUGAGCGUGCUCCUCUGCUGCAUAUACAAAUGAAUAAAUAAAGCCGAUUUGUUGUCUCAAUGAAGCAAAGAGUGAGGAAACAGGAGCUUUAUAAAGGCUGCGGGAGCACAUGGACUGAUGUGUAGAUAAAUAAGUAAACAGUGUAGAUGUACUAAGACCAAUGGUGGUGCAGAGACGUCAUGAUGAAAGCUUGCUCAGGAAGGCCAUUUAAUAUUUCAAGUAUCUGAAGUUCCAUCCAGCCUCCUCACUGAAACCUGAAAAGGUCAUUUUUUGAAGCUGCUGCAGUGGGGUAUUGAAGUACAAAUCAAAAAUCACACAUUUCUGGUGUAUUUUGCAGAGAGACAGGAUGUCCUUUCAAAUUGUGUUUCAUGUUUUCCAAACCUGCAGUUGGAACAUCAGUUUCUGCAUUGCACUUUGCAGGGAUCACCUGUCAGUCAAACAGUGUGGGCUGGGCUAUAACUUAUCCUGUUCAUAGCAGCUUUUUUUUUUAGAUGACUUUUGAUACGUUUUGCCUUUAUUUGGUAAAACAGCUUGAGGUUUCUGCACAUGGGGCGCCCCUUAUAGAAGAUUUGAGUGUUUGUGUAGCCUCCAGCUGGUUAGCCUGUUGUUGAAAUGUGAAAUGAAUCAACACUUGUGCAGAAACUUGGAUGCAGUGUGUAAAUGCAAAAGCUUUCAUGACUCAGACACAGGGUAUUUAAUCAAUAUAACUCAGCAUACCAAAAUAUUUUCAUGAUUGAAUCAUAUUUUUUCUCUCUUUCUCCCCGUCUCUCUCCCAUUUCCUGGUGCAUCAUUGAACAUUUUCAUCUCUCAGCUCUCCCAGGUGGGUAAAAACACACACAUACACACGCACAAACAAACACACUUUUUUCGGCCCAAGCACCGAACUUGGGGGGAUCGGGCAUUCUCCUCAGCUGCCCCUACCCUUUGGAACUCCCUACCUCCCUCCAUCAGACACUGCCCUGACUCCACUACUUUUAAAUCCCUUUUAAAAACCCACUUAUUUAAAAUUGCUUUUAAUAUUUAACUGUUUUGUCCAUCUUACUGUUUUCAUGUCUUUGUCUUAUUAUCUUGAAUUUUACGUACUAUGUAAAGCGUCUUUGAGUGUUUUAAAAACACGCACACACACACUUUUACGUUCACCAAAGCCUUAUUAUAGGAAGUAACACAAAGACUGCCAUCCUCCGUUUGUCUCUUAUGUACUGCCGUGUUAGCCGUGCAUCGUUGUGCUGCAUGGUCUAUCACACUUAAUAAUUCAUCUGGAGUCUGAUUAAAGUUGACUUCAGACCAACUAGCUUUGAAGUGCAGCUGGCAUCUGCAACAAAAGAAUAAAAGCUUUGUUAACAACAGCUGCAGCGACACCAAACAUAAUCUGACCUGAGUGUCGCGUCUAAGUGUAGGAUGAUUUCGAAGUGCGCAGCUUAAUUUCCCUUUUUUCUGAAAAUACACUGACACAUCCUUUAAAAGAGAAAAUUCCUUUGAACUCUGGGUGAUUAGAUGUUGGUUGUUUGCAGGCACAUGCGCUUGUAUCCCACUCAGCCUGUUAGUGAACAACACACUGAAAAACUGCUGUAAAUUUGUAAUCCUAUUUAUGACUUAUACAUGAUCCGCAGUAUGAAUUAUUCAGGGAUAUGCUCAGUCGAUCCGUUGGCUUUGGGGCCAGACUGGAGUUAUCUUGGCUUUGAUUUUUUUUUUUCGCUUUCUGGACAUGGUGCUGGUCCACAUGAAUCGACUGUGUGUUUCAUUUCAAUAUCCUCCAUAAGGACGGCCAGAGAAGUGCUGAGCUAUAGAUGAUAAACCAUCCUCCUCAGGGGAACAGGGCCAGGCUUCCUCAAAUUAAUAAUACAAGCUUUUUCUACACUGAGUGCAGGGUUGUGACGCUUCGCCGAGGCGCUCAGCCGUUGACAAGUUCAGGUUUUAGGAUCCUGCUCAUGAGGAAGAGGACAGAAAGAGGAAAAAGGUUCAGAAUUGAGCUCAAGCUAAUUUAUCUUCAUGUUUCAGAGGGAGGUUGAGAAGUCUACAAGCCAACAGCCUUAAAAACUUCACAAAACUGCGCGAUAAUAAGCUUCAGCCCGUUUUCUGGGAAUCUGGGAAUUUAAAUCUGCAAACAGAUUGGUUAGAUUUGGCUGCGCCAGGUGGGAGUGAAGCCAUCUGCCUGCUGUAAUGUCAUACUUAAAAGUCCCUUUUCAACAUAAGAGGGGGAUGAAUGCCUCUUCUCUCAUUAUAUCAUGACUCAGUUUAUUCAACACUUUUUUGUACACCAUGCAAAAGCAAAAUGCAGAUGUAACUGUUUAAUUAUGCAAAUAUAUGAAUGAGUGUUAGGACUCCACUUGCAAAUCUACCAGGAACAAAAUCUGUUCACAAAUAAGCUAAUGUCUAAAUUUGAUAACAAGGCUUCCAGCGAGAUAAAUGCUAAUGAGAAUCUCCUCUGCACAACAAGAAAAGAUCCUAUUAAGAGAAAUUAACGAGCAAGCAUUAGUCACAACCGACUGUUUGAGUGAUAUGAUACAAAAUGAUGGGUAGCUCUUCAUGCAAACAUGCUGAAAUCUACAAAAGCAGUCAGAAGGAUCACAAUGCUACCAAUUGUCCCGAGUAUGUGCAGAUAGACGAUAAAGCCCCCGUGAGGAGAUUCUGACGGAUUGAAAUAGACUGAAAUAAAAAGGUUAUGCUUCUCGAAGACAUGUGAGAGCAAACACCCUCGGCAUCAAGAUUGACAGUCCCUGUGUUGUAAUUCUUCAUGCCUGUUAGGGGGUUAGUGUCAGACCAUAUGACUGUUUCUUCAGCAUGAAGAAAAAGCCUUUUUUUUCCACACUGAGGGAUACAUUUAACUGUCAAAAGACUUCAGGAGGAGUUUUUUUCUUAGUCAGAAAACACAAGUAACACUCUUACAAGUCAGCACAGAGAUGAGAGGCAUCACUUUGUCUACAGCAGGUGCCAACAUUUACAAAAAAAAGUGUUAAAGAUGCACUUUUUGUAAUUUUUUUUGUCUAAAAAGUGAGCUGCUUCCUGUGUACAGGUGUGACCAAUAUAGCAGCAAAGAUAAGAGAGAGGCGUUUCUGUGUUACACUAUUUGACCCAGACGAUGGCGCUUGAAGAAGAAGCAAAAUCAGCUUUAAUUUGAUUUGAUUUGAUCUUUAUUUCUCUUGAACACAUCCAAAAAAUUUGGAUGCAAAAGAAGAUACAAAACUGUCUUCAUAGCUUAUAUAUCAAACAUACAAGAGAGACACUGUUGAUGUGCCAGUCAGGGGCAGGCUGUGCAUGGCAUGCUGGGUUUAUUAUGAGGCCACAUGGUACCACAUUUUUUAAAGGUUUUCUCAACUUUUUUUUGCUUUUUUAAGAAAAACAGCUUCAGAGAGAAAUGAAACGGUUGUUUAAGGGAGGGGGUUUAUGUACCGAGACUGAUUAUUGAUCCCACAACCAGUGGGAUGAGGACCACAGCGUCUGCACACUGGGCGUCUGCUCCUUUAGAUGAGCUAAACGGACGCCCUCCUGUGUCAUCAUUUUCUCCCUCAUUCGGCUAUAAUCAAGCAUCUAAGAAAACAGUUUUAGGCUUUUAAGUAAAUUAAGUUUUAGGAGUGCUGGAUUAAUGGAAAAGACUUUUCAGCUCAAGACAACAAGUGACCAGCAGAGGGGGGUGGUACAGGUUUCUGUGGGCUGUUUGAGGGCAGUGGCUCCACCCGCACCUUACUACCAUCCAUACCCAGCUGUGUUUGCCACCGUAGGCUGGUACUAGAAUGAGCUACAGAUCUGCAUAUAAACUGACUAAGUUUUCCAGUGUGACUUCUAUAGCAGGUUUUACAAUGACUAUUUUUUUUUGUAUUUAUUGAUAAAUCCAAUAAAUCUGCCCAGGAGAAAACCUUCAGCUGAACUAUUACUUUGGUAAGAGUAAGAGAUCUUUGGUGAUGAGUCCUUAGUCCACUUUAAAACACCAAACAAACUACUGGAGAACACUCAGUGAAUUAGCUUUACAUGAGAUUGUCUGGAGGUUAUUUAUUUCACUACAAGAUUAUCUUUUUUAUUGUAAAUGAAAUUUACUAUCAAAUUACCAUGAUACCAUAAAAACUGACAUAUUUUCUUAUUUGAUAACAGACAGACUUAUAACUUUAGUGGCAAAAGAAACAUUGCAUGUAACAAUAGGAAGUCAUAAAUGCAUAUUUAUUACUUAUAUAAACACCAGAUGAACCAUUGGAAUAAAGACUUUAUGUAAUUCCUGCUGAAUCAUACCCUAAUCAGAUUUGUGAGGCAGCUGGGCUCCACACAUUUGCUGCAUGGAGUCUGUCUACGGGAGCCCAGAUGGGACAUAUCAGACUCUAACAGGUUGAGCUCUGUGCUAACCUUCUGCUCUGUCUCGUCUGGUUUUCCUCUGAUAACUGGUCCGGAUGUAGAGACAGUUAUGAAUUUAAUAGUGUCUGUGUUAUCUUUUAUCAUCAGUUUAAAAUCUUAUUAUGGCGUUUAGAACUGCAAUAUGAGCGUCACCAAGAACCUCCACUUGCAGUAAAAUCAUGCGGUGCAGACAAAAUACAGCAUGUAGCAGCAUGCUGUUGUCUUCUAAACGGACAGUUUUCCAUAACAGGACUUGUCUCCUAACAGGAAAACUGCAGUGUGGUUAAUCCGGAUUUUCUUUGUAAUCCCAAACACAUUUUUUUCUCUAGUUAUGAACACUUUUUGCACAAAAGGUUCUUGUGUUUUCAACUUUUUCGUUUUGAAAGGUUAAUCACUGUUUAAUAAUCAAACUAACAGAACUCGUGUCCUUUCUGUGCCGCUGGUUCAGGAGUUGUCUGAGGAUCGCCACUCUCCACCGCUGCUCACCGUCAACGGGCCCGGAGAGGAAAAGCUGUUUCGAAGUAAGAGUGCUGAAGUGGAGCUGACAGUGGAGAAGGAGAGGGUCAAAAAGAUGCUGUCUGAAGGGUAAAUACACUCUUUAUUUUACUUUAGCAGAUUAUUAUGAAAGCCAUUCCUUUAUUUAUUGAGGGUAAAUAAAACAUAAUAGUUUCUACAGCUUGGGGACACCUGUGAUAGAAGUUUUUAUCAGUGGUUUGGUGUGGCACAGAGGUUUGCAUUUUGCAGUUUGCAAGCCAGUAAGAUUUUUAGUCUGUUCAGACCCUCAAUCUUCUGCACAUUAAUAGAAACAUUACAUCGACUGAGCUACAAAGAGAACACACAGAGACUGCUUAUGUAUGCUGAAGAGGGCCAAAGGUUAAGGCACAAUAUUCUGAAAGAAGAAGUAUUUCCCCGAAGUGUAUCCAUACUGCAUGUAAAGUACACUCUCUGUAAGGACAGCUGCAGUACUUCAGUCCAUCCCUCCAUUAUAUAUACCACUUAUGCUUUACUUUAAGGUUGCAUGGUGCUGGAAGUGUUCUCAGCUGCUAUUUGAUGGGAGGCGAGGUAUCUGCAGUGCAAAAAGCAGCAAAAAGGAAAACGGGAUUUAUUUGUGUUUUUUUCCUGCAAAGUACAGACCACUGAACAAAAAUCUGUCCAUGAUCAGACUAGUGCUGUACGCUGACAAAUUGUGCUUAUCAUGCAAAUCAGCUGUUCCAGAAAAUAAAAGACAUUUACAACCUCUAUGAGUGAGUAAACUGAAGAAUAUGCAAACUGAGACUUUAUUUCCACAGAGAUGUAGUCGUUUAGCCUCAGUCUAUGGGUGCACAGUGAUUUUAAGUCUCCACCUCCUCUGUGUCUAAUGUUAUUUUCAUAAUGAUCCUUAUUCCCUGAAGUCAAGCAGCAGAAGUUAAGCGAAAAUGUGCAAACACUACGGGCCCAUUUUGGGUGAAUUAGAUAUUCAAAAGGAGUCCCACAUGUCACUGUUCAUAACACAGGUUUUCAUCGGUUGCUUGUCAGACACGUUUAAAAAGAAAUUUAGGGCACAAAUUACCCUCUACUCCAGACGCUACGACUCCACUGCUUCUUGUAUUUUACAUUCAUAUAAAAGACACUCUACUCUAUAGCAGCACAGUCUCAGGUAGUUUACUUUUCAAAGGAUUAAAUAGCCAUUUAGCCUUUCACCUGGUUAAUACACCCACAGUCAGAAUCUGAAAGAAUGGCAUUAUUAACAGCAGUGUAACAGAGCCGUGAAGUGUUAUUUUAUUCUCCAUAUGCUGGAAGUAAUACUCAAACAUUACAACCAGCUCAAUAUCAGGCAUAAAAACAUUAACCACAGAUGUUCUUGUUUACCUCAUAAAGAGAAAAUGUUUUUUUCUCGUUUCUCAACCGUUUUCAUAAAAACAAAAAAUUGUAUUCAAUGGAAACUUUGCUUCCAAUGAAAUAAUUGGCCCCAAAACAAUAAUCGCAUUUUAUUUACCAGCUUGGAUACAAUAAUGAAUAUUUCAUGAGUACAUGUACAAGAGAGCAUAUACUUAACUUCUGUUCACUUAAGCAUAUUUUAUUUGACAGCAGAGCGGGGAGAAACAGAGCACAAAGAAAGGGAGACCUUGCCGUAUAAUUUCCCACUCUUAGUUUUUGAUCUUCAUGAAAGAAAAUGCAGCUUUCAGCGCAUGAAUAAGACACAAAUAUAUGACAAUAAUUAAGGACAAACUCCAACAUUAACAUACAGAAACAGAAAGAGCAGCAGAUGUGCAUGUGUGGGAGGGGUGAGAAGAAAUUUUAUCUCUUCAGAGUUGAGAAAAGUUCUCUGCAGAGGUUGUGACCCUGUCUCUAACCUCCAGCGUGGCUACACAAGCUAAGACUGAAGUGUUUUCAGCAGUUUGUGGAGUAGUUUCUACUAAAUGAAACUUACUCAAAACAAAAAAAAAUCUGUUUUCUGUUAGAGGAGGAGAGGAAAAAGCUAUUCAGAGCACAUUCAAAGAGGUGUGGACCUUCAUAGCUCUAUGAGUAGUUGUAACAACAAAGAUAUCUAUUUUCCCAUUUAUGCACAUCAGAUGCAUUUAUAAGGGCUUUAUAAAUCUGCUUAUGGUGCAUUAUAAGAGGUGGGUUCAUAUAAAGUGUUACAAAAUCCAUGCAGAAUCAAUGUUAGGUCAUUAUUUAAUAUAUGACAGCCAGAGAAGUGGGCAAUGAGUUGACUAAAUGAUGCUGUCACCCUGGCUACCAGAAUCACUAGUGUUUUUUUUUGUUAUUCUAUUUUAUCAUUACUUUUAUUAUCAUUAUUUUUUUGUUAUUAUUUUUUUAAAUCAUUAUUAAUGUUGUCUUUUUUUAUUUCUGUGUGUUGACGUUCUCUGCUCUAUGACUAUUUGUCAAAGCACUUUGUAAACCUCAGUUCUUUAAAAGUGCUAGAAAAAUGAUGUUAUUAUUAUCAUGAUUAUCAUCAUCAUCAUCAUCAUUAUCAUUAUUAGAAAACGAUUCUGUCACCCUGGCUACCAGAAUUAUUUGUCGGUCAAGCAAGUCAUUAAUAACUAGUUUUUCAAUCAUUGUCAGCCUGAAACGCCAUUUGCAUAUUGUGUGUCUGAGCUGUAACAGCUGCCACAAGCCUGGACUGCACCUUUGGGUAAUGGUCUGCCAUGAUGCUAUCAUGCUGUAUAACCUGGAUGUAAAAAACACAAAGGAAAGAUUAAAUCUGACAGUGUUGCACUGUUUGGCAGUAAUUUGAUUUUAUAAACUCAAGCAGAGCAAUGCUGGACAUGUGGGCGAUAACCUGCAGAGGACUGAGAGCUGGUGGUUUGACUUCUGCUAACAUAAGCCAAACUCAGUAAACCACUGACAUUAUUAAUGGCAGCCUCUAUAAUUCUAUGUUAAAUAGUGUUAGAUACAUUGCUUUAACUUAUGACAGUUUUCUUGUUUGCUUUAACAUUCGUUGGCUAGUUGGGAAUUAAAUUUCUAGUUUAAUGUGUAGCCAUGGAAUAUUUCUGCAACAUCAGUGUAAUAAACAAUUUAAAACUUUGCAGAAACACCAUAAACUUUUCCUUCAUUGUUCGGCUCAUCACUUAUCUUUACAAUUAGAUUGCUUUUCACAUGACCUACAGGCACAGGAAAUUGGUUCUAUAGUGAAAGCCUCAAGGAUCUACUCCACAAACGUCUCAUUUAAUUCGAUGACAACCUGCAGCCCUCGACUGUACGUCGUUCCAAAAUAGGGAAAUACCAACAAGAGACAACAUUGCUGUGUCAGACGAUAUUACUUUUAGUGGUAAGUGCUAAGGUCUACAGAACACACCAGAAAUAGAAGCCCUAUUUUCUGUGGUUCUGGAGGAGUUUAACAAACAAAUCCACCCUGUUUAUGUCCUAGUUUAGUCGAAGUUCAGGGAAAUCCCAAUAGUCAGAGACACAUUUUUUAUGCUUGAGUAGUUAAACGCUAACCACAGAAGAAACAAAACACCAGUGUACUGUAAGACUGUGUCCUUUUCUCCACAAGCUCGAAGUUAAAUCUGCCUGGAUAUGAUAGCACACGAGGACUCUGAUUGGCUCUGCAGUGUUUGUGUGUGCAUCUGAAUUUCAGAGCUUAUAAUUAUCAUCAUUAUGGUGCCCAUUAUUGAUCACUCAGCCCUUCAUCUGAGACCAAAAGGCAGAAAAACACUCAAACCUGUCCGCUUUACAACCUAUUAUCCCAGCGAUUUUAUUUUAUGAUUGUCAGAAUUCCAUGAAGGCUUUUUGCUCCUGUUGCUAUGGUGAGUAGUUUUAUGGUUGCCAAGCUGUUAGGUUGGUCGUCAUUGAGAAGACUGUGUUUCCCAAACUCGAUGUUCUUGUGUGAAAGCACUCAGGCUUGUUACACAUCGCCACUAAAACCUGACCUUUACCAGCUCACUGUACCUGAAGCGUCUUUCCCACAUGUUGAAGAAGAUAAAACGUCUGUGAAAUACCCUCUGUACCACCCUGUUGUCUCUGUACUUUCUACUUGGCAAGAUGCUCUUGUCUGUUUUGUUCUGUUGAGGGUCAUUUUACAGACAGGGUUGUAGAAGAAAAAGACAAGUUGUUGUCUCUUUAAGCUACAACAUCCAGAGAAAAAUAAACCCUAUUAUUUAUGAACUACAGAGGAGGAAUUUAGGAGCCCCACAGCCUGAGGAAAGAAGCUGCUUUGUAGUCCGUUUUUACAGCAGAUGAUCAGUUAAUUUUUUCUGUUUCAAAGACACACAGGGGGACUGUUUUCAUUUCAUUACCAAAGCUGGACAUUGUCAGUUCUGGAUAGGAGCAUCUGAGAGUUUAUUAAAAUUAAGAGUUAACAGCACCAUGUAGAUCUGGGUGCUGGCACUUCAUACCUUUUAUCCCUCUGCCCCCCAAAAGCCCAGAACCUUGAGGUAUCAAAUGUGUCCAAUUAAACAGACUUUCAUUCAGUGUUUUCCUCUAAUUAAAAAAAUAAUAAUAAUAAUUUUAAGGUUCCCUUUCUCACCCAGUCCCACCAAGUGGUUUUGGAUCAAAUGUGCAGCAUAAUUGUUAAAGCUCCUGUGAGGAGUAUUAUUUAUCAUUUAUGAACUAGCCUGAAAAUCACACUGAUAAGACAAUAUCAACAAUUUAGUAUUUUUCCAUUUUUAGUGUCUGAAAACAGUGUGCAGAAACAGCUCUGGUUAUACAAUUUCCACAAAAUAUUCACAAUAAAUGAUUCAUUUGACUGUCAUAAAACAGCAGGAUGACAUUUAGGGUCCUCAGGCAUUUUCCAAGCACACAGAGGAGAAUAUAAGCAAAGAUUGCUUUAGCCACAAGGGGGCGCCAACUGAAAGUUGCUCACUGGACCUUUAAAUUAGGAGAAUGUAGAUGAGAACAUUACCUAAACUGCAGGUAAAAUUACAAGGCGCCUCUCAAAGGCCUGAAUGAAAAGAAAAACGAAAGAUUUAAUACUUCAAUCAUUAACAGCCAAUUAAUAGAGAGAAAUAAAAUGUCACAUCUGACGGUAAUUAACAAGAAAAAGGCCUGAUAAAAAGAAACAAAUUUAUAAUUAAAGUGAUUUAUCUGUUUAUAUAUCUUUAAAACUAAAUUACUUCUUUGUGCCUCAAAAUCAAAUUAUUUAUAUGAAAUCCCUCCAAACAUCUGAUACAGCCUAAUAGAAAAAAUUACCAUAUCUUUAUCUAUUUUAUCUACAAAGAUGCUCACAUCAAAGAUCGUUUUCUCCUGUCCUUCCAGUUCUUUAGAGUAAAUUCAGCUCAUUGUUUGGUUACAGGAGGAAGUUAAAGAAAUGUAACCCUGACAAAAACCACUGCCUGCUCACUGCUUAACAAAAGCAAAUUGAUUGUUUUUCAAGUUUUUGUGUUUUUUUUUCUCUUUUUUUUCAGGUCCAUGUGUGAGAUAAACCUGGAAGCUGAACUCUUCACCCUGCAGGACAGCAAUGCCAAACUGGUGGAAGCUCUGCAGGAAGCCAACAGCAGUGUGGAGCAAUGGAAGAAACAGCUCGCUGAGUACCAGGAGGAGACGGAUCGCCUCCGAGACCAGGUAGGCGACACACAGGGUGGUCAUGACAAGAAGCUGGUGAAAUAACACCUCAUAACAUAGAAUCCCUGCAGCAUGUGGAGUUUUGUAUGAUUUGAUAAAAGCUGACGAGGAGCGAGAUCAGUCACAGACAUUGGUGAUGGGGCAUGUUUGUUAUUGAAAUGGUUUGUCCCUCUGGAUAUGAUUAAAGGGUGCUAUCUAGCUAAUUAGAGUUCAAAACUGUGUUAAAAAAUUCAAGGUUUUUAUGGUUCAGCUUGUACAUCCAAGUCAUGUCGAGGCUUGUUUUAAUAGCAUCUCUCCGGAAACGGUUCUGCAAUUUCUCGCAGUGUCAGCAUUAUGAAUAUGGUAAACUAUGCUUGGCAGUUACAGCCCGCUCCCUAUUUAUAGAGGCCGUCGUCUACAUUGCAUGGGUUGCUGGUUUGACUCCCAGCUAAGAGCUCAGAGUGUCCGUUAAAAUAUGUAAAAAGGUGUGAUACUAAAUUUGUAAAGCAUGAACAUUCAAAGCUAAUAAUGACUAAAUAACAGCAAAGAGUUUGUCUUGAUAAACCUGGAUAAACCUGCUUUAUAUAAUCACACUUACAUGAGUGUCUUCAUGCAACUUUUUGCUUCUUGUCAGCUACUCAACACCCAAAGGAGGAAAGAUAUCCUCUGGCAAAUCUCUCAAAAACAAGUCACACUUUAAACUAUUUUGUCACAUCCCUGUCUUUAAAAUAGGGCAUCUAAACUGCCUGCAAAGUAGCUGUUCUCUGUGCUGUUUUGAAAUCAUAAACCUAACCCAAUUAUAUACAAGGAGUCAGCUGUCAGUAAUAAACCAGACAUAGAUUGUGGUUGAUUACUCAGACUUGCAGGAUCAGCUUUGACUAAAUGUUUGGGGUCAUAAAUUAGGCCAAAUACUUUAUAGUACUUGUUCCCUGGAAUACAUACACUGCCAGAAAAAAAAGCUGUUUACUUUAACAAAGCAGAAAUACUAUGCAUGAUUUUAUUCCAUGAAACAUUUCCAGGUCAGUCCCUCACUCUGUCACCACUCUGGUAUCAACAGCAUAUCACGCUGCUUUCUUCAUUUUCUCACAUCUGAAACUUUCGCACUGAAAUCCCCACAUGGACUUGGCUUCAGUCAAACUGCAGAUGCAUUUUCCACACCCCGUACCCUGCUCCCUCCCCUCCUCGGGAUAUUUCUGUUGACAAGCUCCCGUGAUAAUCAUGGGGCCAGAACACAGACAUUUCAUCUUUAAUUUACAGAGAGGAAAUUCUGCCCUUGGUCAAGCUUAACAAGGCUUCUUCAACACGACAGAAUUAAGUGCUGCUGCAACCGCCCUGCAACGGAGCUAUUACCACCGGUGACAGCGCACUGGCCUUUUAUUUUUAGCUUACGUUAGGGUUUCAUCUAUCUCUACCAGUCCAGGUGAAGGUUACACACACAUACACACUCAUGCGGACACGCUCACACACUGCAGCAAAGUCAACCAGGUGGCUCUAAGUGGAGCAGGCCUCCAGGGUACGGUAACGGGGUGUUUAGGGGGGAUUGGGGUUUUUAUUUUUUUUAUUUUUUGGGACAGGACACCCCAACUGCCCCCUCCCUUGCCCCAGUUAGAGCAGGAAGAUAAAUCAUCAUAGAAGCAGAAAGAGAGGGUUUGGCUGGCUUUUCCUCCCUCGUCACACUCUCUGCUUCAGCCAUAUUUGUGCUCCUGCACGGCAGAACGGCCUGGGUUUAUUUUCUGGGUUUCUGGGUUGGCUCUGACCCUCUGCUAAGUCUAUAGGAGAAUAAAGCUGCCUUCACAUGAUGAAAAAAUAUACUCUUAACCCACCAAGAGGUUGGGAGCAGAGCAAAGUUGCAGACCUAUUUCUCUGUGAAAAAAUGGACAUCAGGCCCUCGUUUUACCCCUUUUGGAGUUCAUUUUGAGACUUAAAACGGUUUUGAUAAACGCACUUGGAAUUAAAACAAAGUAAAAGACAGUUAAGUAUCACUACACAGCCAUCUAUUGCAGGACUAUAAUAUAUCAGUCUCAGCCAUAAGGCAUGCACAAACAUACAGAGAACUCCUCUCCAAGCACACAAACACUGGGAAUAUUUAUUUGAAUCCGGAGCCAUAGCCUGACUUUUUUGUUUGUCUGUUUGUUUGUCUCUGAGUUUUGGGGAUUUUUUUGUCAGCUGUGAUUUUUGGACAUAAAUCAAAUUUCCAGUCGCUGAACAAAGUUAAUCUCAAAGAUAAACACUGCGUAGACUCCAUCUCCUUCACAUGCUGACUAAAGAAAAUGAGCUGAGGGGGCGCAACUGUACCUCCGUCAAAGCAGCAGCACUAUCAAGAUGUUUCUGCUCAGUUUAGUUUGAAAAAGAUGGGCCUGAAUUUGAGCAAAUUAGAGAGUUAGAGUAGGAUAAUCAUAGAGGUGGUUGAUAUGGAGUCUCUUAUUAUGGUGCAUUUAUUUUUGAAUAAUAAUUUUGAUACACUUACUUUAAAUUCACAUUAAUUUCUUUCUAAAAAAAAUACAUACAUGUGCACAAUCCUGCUCAUUGAUGUAGAUACGGUUGUCUACAGUUGUGAAAAGAUAGAAACACUACCUUAACUGUUUCUCUAAAACAUUAAACAACAUUAUAAAUACCUUAUCUUAAAAUGCACACGAUUCAGGCAAGUACACUGUACUCAAGUUUGAAAGAAGAAAAUUAAGAUAAGAUAUUAAAUCCAGAGUUUCACAGCAAAUAAUUUAUAUUUCAAAGUGUAUAAAUGUAAUUUUUUUGACCAAGAAAUGUAUACAGUGUAAGCUACAUUUAAAGGAAGAUUAUCCUAUGCAAUUAUUUUGUAAUUUGUAGUGUUAGGAAAAACGCUUUUAUUGACCUGAGCGUAUAAGUGGUCAGCAUCACACUUAAUAACAAAACAAAAGAUCCUUGAAAACAUAAAGCGCGGUGGACAGUAAUAUUCUGGUUUGAUAAGGAAAACUUAUUAAAUUCACAGCUCUGCGUUCUGGUGACAGUCUUGACCUUUGUCAGCUGGUGGCAUGUCAGAGUCUGGGUGCCUCGGGCAACGACCCUGAUUUGAUUGGCGGACUGGAGGCAGUGCAGAGAAAACACUGAAAACUGAACGAAAAGGUGUUUCUCAGAGUGAAAAUAUGAGCCACAGAAUGGAUUUAUAUAUAUAUUAAAUUAUGAUUUAUAACAACUGUUACCUAAUUGGAAGACUAUUGUAAGUGAUUACUAUUGGCUGAGCUACAUACUUGAUUCUGACUGUCGAUCAGUCAAACAUUUUUGCAUGUUGCAAGCUGGUCUUAACAGUCAGAAAACAAUGACCUUUACCAGGUAUAGAUAUAAGAGCAGCCUGACAUGCUGCUAGCCCCCAAACAUCACUGAUCAAGCAAAGUGAGUAAAAUCCUGUCUUGCAAUCCAGGCAACAGCUGCAGAGUUAGUGUGGUGAGGAAAUCUUAAACCAGCUGGAAAAUAUAAUUACUAUUUUUAAAAAUAUCCUUUUCUCUACACUUCUAUCUGAGCUGACUGUCAACAAUCUGGAAAUAACACUGGUUUACUGUCAGAUGUGACAGCAGUAGUGGAUGCAGCUUAAACAAAAACAACCUCCAUGUGCUCUUAUGCUCUUAUUUGACAAGUGGAUAGUAUUUGCAGUGAAGUGUGGAUAGUCUACUUAUGUUGUAGUUUCACACACUGAGUGAGUGAACAAGAGAGACUUUGUAUUUGCUGUAUAUCUGCACUGAUGUGAAGCCAGCUCACUGCUCCUAUAGCAUUAUACUGAAAUAAAACACUAUUGUGUUUCAAUCGCCUGUCAAUGCAGUGAGAUCAAACAUUCAUGUGAACAUUUAUCUAUCAGAGUUUUUACCGCCUUGUCUCAUUAUAUAUUUAAAUAUAUAUUUACAUCUGUGUUAAGCUCAGGAAGUAAAGCCUCAAGGGACAGACCUGUCACAUAUAGAUAGGAAACGAUGGGGUUGAGUCCUCCUGGAUCACGUGGACUCCCCCCUUCAACCUGCGGCAGUUUUCUGAUGGUUGGCUUGGAUGUCAUGUUACGCAGUGUAGUGUGGAAACUAGAAAGGGCCACUUUGAAAAUGCCUGUGCUGAGGCAGAGUGUACGGUGAGGGGAUGGAAGGGAAAAUAUAAACACUGGAGGAGUAAACGCUCUCCCUCCUCUUUCUUGAUUUUUAUGUAUUUUAGCCUUUGUUGAUAGGACCGCAGAAAUGUGGGGGGUAGAGAGUUGGAGAUGACACUGAAUCAUUAUUUGAUGUCAACAGAGCCUGAAAACCAUGUGAGUUUUUCUCCACUGACACUGACACAUACUUUACUAAUUUUAUUCAGUGACUUUUAGACAAAGCAAACAUUGAUACACAGCUUUUCCUUUGUUGCGAAUCAAGUCCGGUGGGAAACUAACUGUUAACCAUUGCAGUGUAAGUGCCUUGUGCGGACUGUGGAGAGCUUCAAAGCCCUGACGGAUAUCCGAGCAGAUACUCAGUGAAGCACAGACUCUAAAUCACAGCACGGUUAAACUUCAAAGGCUCAACAGUUUGCCCUUUUUUAGUCAAACUGUCACUCACCAGCUUUCUUUGGCCUCUUGUUAAUGGAGUGGGUCAGAUUGGGAAAAUAUUUUUCAUGUUGUUUUUUUUUCACAAAGUCACACGCCUCCAGCAUUUUGAAAAAAGACCCCCAGGCAAGCGAAAAAUAUUUUAUAACACUUCUGUCAAAUGUGUGGUGUGUUUGUUUGUGUUUGAUUUUAACAGAGAUGAGGGUGCAGAGAGUAAACACAGGGAAACGUUCUUCAUUCAUUGGUAAAUUGCAAAGCUGAUUGAUGAUCAUCAAUGAAUGCUGCAAAGACAAUCUGAGUUUGAUUACUCUUCUUUCAGCUUUGGAAAUCACUCUCUAUUUGUGUAUGAGUGUUGAGUGGGUAGUAACCUUCUGAUGGUUUUUUCUCUUUUCCAUAAAAAGUCAUCAUUUAAUAAGUGUGCAUUGUGUGUUUCUGUGUGUAUGAACUAUAUUUCUGUACAUGUACGCUGCUACCUUCAUCCUUUUGAUGCUAAUCAAGCUGAUUUCCACUAUUCACAGGAGGUGAGGGGUCACGUGUUGUUCUCUGAUUGUGGAGGAUAUUAUCACACAUCAGGUUAUAAAACCUCUCAGAGCCCAUUCAGUGAAUAUUAAUCAUGGCAGAUGAAAUGAGAUCCCGCUGCAUCUUUCUCCCUAUCUCUGUAUUAUCAUGGAUUCACCCGUUUCUUUCUUUCUUUCUUUCUUUCUUUCUUUCUUUCUUUCUUUCUUUCUUAGUGGAUGUAUUUCUUAAUAUAUCUAAUAUUUAACUGAUUUUCCACAUAAAGUUGUUUCGUUACUGUUAUGUCGUGCUUAAUAUAACCUGUGUACUUUUCUGCCUGCUUGUUAAUGCCCGAGGGAUCACUUCCCUCAAGUCCCCCCUGACUUCCUCAAGCUCACAGUCAACAUUUGUAUAUAAUUUAAUCCUCCUCCACAGCCCCCCUGUCCUCGGUGUUACCGCCCCCAAUCCCUGUUGCCUCAGGUCCAGUGAUGGUAAACAUGAGGUGACAGAGUUGCUCCUUUUCCAACUGCAUUACAGAGCCCCCGCUCUUUAAAUAUUAAACAGAUCGCUGAGAUAUGUAGGAUAUCUGAACCCUUCACUUUUCGUGAUAUCCAAAAGCGAACAAGACCAUCAGGAACAAGAUUGGAGAUUUUAUAUGUCCCAAUUUUUAAUCCCUGAAAUUUAUGCAAGGUGGUAGGUGUCAUCCAAGCAGCCGGAAACUACCCUGCCUUUACAUUUGCAAAAAUAUUCAUGAUAAUUGAUUGAUUUGUUUGCCAAAAAUUAGCAGUUUGAGAUUUUUUUAAAAGAUUUCUGCUGAAAAAUGUAAAGACCAAAGUUAGCAAAGAUUGCCCUGCUUACAGAGGGCACCAGACCUCCUCACAGGUGCUUUAAAAUGAGCAUUUUCAUUGCAAACAUGUUUGCAUGCUGACUUUGCUCAAGUCAUCAAAUUAAUAUUUAUUUUGAUGGCUCAGUAAACACAAUAGAUAACAAAGUAAGAAGACAAUAAAUAACAGCAAAUAAGAGUGUCAGAAACUGUAACACUCAGUAAAGAUGAAAACCACCUAAAUGGAUGUGUUUUAAGUGAUGAUUAAAAACUGCAGAGGGACUGGACAUGUUCUUCUGUUAAAGGUUAAACUGUUCCUCAGCAUGUGAGCAGCCUCUGCAAACUCUCUGUCACCUCUGGUUUAAAGCCUGGAUCCUGAGACCACCAAAAGCAUCUGGUGUGUUAACCUGCUGCAGCACAUUCAUCCAACAGUUCAGACGAGUAAGAGGGUGCCGACCUAUAAAGAGUUUCAAAAACAAGUGAGAAAACCUGAAACUGCAAUGCAUGACAUUGUUUGGAGGAGUAUAUACUGGCCUUUACCGUCCCAAGAAGCCUAAACUGGAAGUAGCUUUUAUUUACAACUAAAUUACUUACUCUGUUGGUCAAAUUUAAAAGUGCCUUAAAAAUCAGGCCUAGUUUCUUUACAGAUGAGUGGGUGUACAAGUUUAAAGGACCAAGAGCAUCAUAAAUUCAUCCAGGAGAUCAGGUUUACCAAAAAUGAUCAUUUAUGUUUUCUUUUCAAUAAAAUUCAAAGAGCUGAACUGCAUCCAUGAUUUCAUGUCUGUCAGGCUUCAAUGAGUCAUUAUUUGUUUUUAUUGGCAGAUGCAAAUAAUCUGCAAAUCAAUAGAAAAAUACAAUUUUUAUUGUUAAUUGUGUAUUAAGUGGAUGCCUGUGUGUGUUUUUGUGUGGGUUUUUCAGGUGGCAGAGCUUGAGGCCCAGCUGGGGCGUCCUGCUGCCAUUCAGACUGGUAGAGAGGAGCUGAGUCGCUCUCUGGAGGAGCUGGAGGCUCUGCUGAGUGCCAAAGACAAGGCAAGACACCAGCUCGCUGCAUGCUGCACGGCACACUGUCCAAAUCCAUUUACUGUCCUACAGAGGACCUUUCAUUGAGAGCAGGCCUAGAAAACAGCAGCACACAUACCGCUAAGCCUCCAGCACACUCAUUCACGUGGUGUCGCAAUAAUCGUGAAAAUAUGGAAGAAAUUUACAUUAAAACUUGGAAAGUUGGAGAAAACUCUUUAUGGUAUUGUCCUGUGAUCUAUUUACACAUUUAAACAAGAGGUUGCUGAACUUUUUGUUUUGAUACUAUAACUUCAAACACAUCCAAAGUCGGAAGACUAAAUCAAAGCAGCAAAUACCAACAGGGUUAACCUCAUUUCACAUUUAAAUGAAGAAAAAUGUAGGGUGACCAAAAGAGGACACGACUGCACUGGGGUGGAGUCACAGAGUUGCAUGAAGUUAAUUUUGAGAGUUUUUUAGCUCAGAUCGAGUGUCUUUUCAUGUGCUUCUAACUCAGUAAGUCCACGUGACCCAAAAUCAAAACUUUCGUGUGAAACCGCAGACAUUUGAAGGAUUUUAUAACCUUCCUCGGACAAAGCUGGACAAACCGGGACAGCCUGGACAGCUCCCAAAAAAGAGGACAUGUCCGGGUAAAAUAGGACGUAUGGUCACCCUAUUUUAAUGGCGAUAUGAUCAAUUUUAUUUGGUAAAUGUCUGAAAUUUAUACUGUUGCCUUUCUGUGAUUUACAAAAGUAAACAGGACCAUCAGCAGCAAGACUGAUGAUUUCUAUUUUGUCAUUUUUAAUGCUUUAAACCAUUGCAAGGGUUUUCUUUAAAUAUUUCUGCAUGUCAUAUACAAUAAAUCAUACAUGAGAUUUUAUUGUAAGAAAAUGCCACUGAAGCAUGUAAAGGACAAAAUUAGCAAAGAUAGUGGGCGUCACAGUGGGUGCCAAAAUUGACUCAAACUAUAAAAAUUCCUUACAAGAUCUCUAAACAAGAGCGUGAAAGCUAAAUGCCAGUUUAAGAGUUUGUUCCCUGAACUGUUUUUACGCCUCUAAUCACAUCUCUCUGCUUCAGUACACUUGUUUUUGUCCUGAAAAACAUUCUUACUCGACACGCUGUUAUAAAAUUCAAGCAGACAUUAAUGAAGAGGAUGUCUUUUGCUCCUAUUUGCUCCCUUUGGUUUCUCUUUCCGCUGAGACCUCAUGUUAAUGUUCAGACAUGGUAAUAUCUCCUGUUGAAUCAUCAGUUUGGUUAGAUGAAGGGGCCUUUGAUAAAAUGUCACAUUCCCUGUCCUGCAGACAUCCAGAGCUGUCGCCCACGCGUUAAAUGAAACCUGUGUUCUCUGACUCACCUUCAUCACUGUUGCCAUCCGGCUUUAAAAAGAGUCUUUAUGACGCAAAAACCACCACCUUGUGAAUAAUUUUGCCUUCAUGAGCCAACUCACUGUCCGUCAAACGCACUCUUGGCCAACGAUAUGGAGAUGAAAGUUAGAUUUCCCUUAAAAGCAGCUUCCUGCUGUGUUUCAUUUACAUAACUGUGUCACACCCGUCAUCCAGACAAGUUCCCCUCCUGACAGCAGAAUCUGUCACUUUGUUUUUUCUCAGGCGGCUGAAUCCUCCGUCCUCCCCCGAGACAUCAAGGUGUCCCAAAUUUCAUCACCAACCUGGUUUAUGAUAAAUGAGUCAGCUUCUUCUGAGGCCAAACAAAGCAUUUGGUGCAAAUCAAGAUAUAAAUGUCCCAUGUGCUGAUAAAUGAGGAAGGUGGACAUGUGGGGCGCGGUGUGAACACAGCGUUCUGACAAUUUGAUGUGUCUUGUGUUUUCAGGAAAUCCACAGUCUGCAAAGUAAGAAAACAGAUGUGAGUGAGCUGGAGAAGGAGAGAGAGGAGGCCAUGCAGAGACUGCAGGUAAGCUGAUGACAGGAUGAGGAUGUUUUUCUCUCCAUGGGAAAAAACCGAAGUGCAAAGCCUCAAUAACUUUAUUUAGCUUGAAAGGUAUUUGGGACGUGGAAAAAGCCCGAACAUUAUUCAGGUUAGAUAAGCAAAAAGAAGCACUCAAUAUACUGGUUAGGUGGACACAUGGAGCAUAGACUGUCAAGUUUAAAAGUGAGUCUAAACAACAUUUUAUGAAUAACAAAUAACAUAAAACAAGUGAGAGCUUUUUAGCAGGAUUUUCUGUGUUAAAGGGCUGAAUAUUUCCUCUUCGAAACAGUCCUUAUAAAUCAAUAUCUUCUAUUUCUGUGUCGUGAUGCAGAAUAUUACGCACAGCUGAGAUUUCUGUUUAAGUUCCUGUGGAGGUUUUGACCGGUUAUGAAACUAAGUGACAUUAACAGUGAUUCUUUUUAAAAACCUGCGAAAGCUAAUGAGACCAUUAAUCACAAGAUUGACAGCUUCUAUGGAGCUCUUAUUAACGCCUGUAACCACUGUGAGGGGGCAGGUGUGAGACCAGAUGACUAUCAGCAAACUGGAGAAACAUUGAUUUUUAUGAUUUUGUGCCGCCAGUAUUCACAGUCGUACAUUUUUUAACAUAAUUUCACACAUAAUAGAGAUUACCAGCGUUACAUUGACUCCUCCCACCUUCAGCAGCUGACCGACUACAAAAGCGGAGCUGUGCACUGCUUGUGUACUCCUAGUUUGUGGCCCUCAGGUUCAGCUACCACUGAGUAAUGACCUUACUUGUAACUUUGAAGUAUCUACUAAUUAGCCUGGGAGUGAUUCAAAUUACAAAAUGUAAUAUAUUUUUUGAAUAAUUAUCAUUUUGGAGGAGAAAAACUGCCUCACAGUUUGGUGCCAAAGUCUCAAGAUGAGUUAGAAGCGCAACACUUUGAAGCCACCCUCAGCAACUCUUCAAGAUAAGAGGAGCUUUCUUGUUCUUGCUAAAUAAAUUUGUUCAGCAAGAAAUUGGCUCUCCUCACCUAUAUUUCUAUCCUUACUUCAUCUUGUAGAGCUUGUAUUAUAUCAAAGAAAAGGAAGAAUGACUAUUUCAUUGAGAUAGGGGGAGGUAAUUGCUUUUUUCUUAAGUGAGAACCGAGAUCUUUGUUUGCCAUUUGUGCUGCAGAUUCAGAGCACAACUCUACUCCACACUACCACUCUCCUUCAGGGAUUUUCCUUUUCAAGUCUUCACUGUUUGUUUGUCUUUGCAGAUAUUAAUUGCAGAAAUGUUGCAGGUGUGUCUUUUUGCUGAAAUUGAAUAUUUUUGACGUACAACUGUCUUGACAAAUUCUUACGCUGAAAAGGACCUCCCUCAUUAAACAUACAAAGAGAUCAAACAUAGUCCUAACCUACCAGAAUACAAAGACAAACACAUGCUUGUUUUGUUUGUUUUUCCCCACACUCACUAAGCACUGUAGUCUCAGCAUGUCCCAGACCUGCAGCACAGAAACACUACAGGUGAACUGAGGACUUCAAGGAGAAACUCAGAUUACACUGGUUUCUCUAUGUUAAUGCUGGAGGUUACACCUGAUGCAUAUUGCAUAGCCUUUAUGAGGUCUUUUAUCAUUUUUAGUGGGGCUGUCAGUUGUGAAUGAUGCAAAUUAAUAUGUGACCUUCUCUGUCCUUGUGUUCACUCCAGAAUCUAUUCAUUGGUGCAGGAAAAACUUAAACAGCAUUGAGUUGCACAUUUGAAUUUGCAGCAUCCCAGACAAGCCAACAAGUGCCUAACUAAUGUAAGAAACAGACGAACAGCAGCUGUCUAAAACAAAGACCAGCAGCACUUAAAAAGGACAAGAGGAUCAUCUGCAGGUGAAAUUCACAAUUCAAGAGGUUCAAUCUGACUGAGUUUUUGGUCACAUUAAAAUUAUUAAAAUUAUACCUCCAUACUUCUGAAUUAGUAAAGCAAACCAGACCACCAGAAAUAAGAACAGGAAUCUCUAUUUAAUUAUUCUGUAUUCCUGUCACUGCUCCCGUCGAGUCUGUAUCAGAGCAGACAAACUGCAGUUAGAAAGUAGUUCAGAAACGCUGUGAGUGAGUCAUCAUCAGCCAAUAGACAGCAGGAGGCUUUUUGCUGUAUAUACAGAACUGGAUCGGCUUUAAAGGUACAAUGUGUGGAAAUAAAAAAAUACUGCUCACAACUCUUGUCGUAAAAACUCCAGAAGUGAGCGUGGCCUUCAAGGACAAAAGCUGCUUUUGACUGUGAUUCUCCAUCUGUCAAGUUUCUACUAUCAAAAACUCCCAUCUAGACAAAUUCUCAUGUGCACAACAACAACAACCAUCCUCUUCUUCUUUUCCCUCCAGCUGGUGCAUUUCUGGCCACCACUCACUUUAUACAAAUACACAUUCUUUAUUUGUGCUCCUAUAGAAACAUGUCAGUGACAUCCUUAGAAGAGGACCAGCGCUUAUGUAGUUAUAAAAGGCUCAUUUAAGUUAAAGAAAACAAAAUAAGUUUCUGAAAAUACUUUGUUGACCUCAGUUUUAGUACAAACAAAUUAUAUAAAUAGCUGCACUGAUGGCUUAGCAGCUGAAGUGGACCCAGUGUGCAGAGGCUGGUUGCACUUCCUUUUACUGUAGGACUAAAUUGUUAAUAUCUCCUUGCCUUGACCCUUUGCUGCAUGUUUACCUCUACUCCUUAUUUCUCACAUUUCCUGUCCCUCUUUAGCUGUCCUAUCAAUUAAAAGCAAAAUUAUAUUGUCAAAUUAUACACAUACAGGACAUCAGUAAGACAAAAAACAAUAACUUGUCAGUUCAUUGAAGAAAGUCAGCAUAGAGAGACAAAUAAGUAAAUAUGAGUGAAUUAAAGACAAAUAAAAAUAAGAGUAAAGUAAAAUAGCACAAGAAGUUUAAACUGGGUAAAACACCAAAGUGACUGCAUAAGCUCAUUGUUUUUUACACACUGUACCUUUAAAAUCAGCUCACACCAUGUAUGCAGCCUGUUUCACUAACAGCCAUUCAGCUGAACCAAAACAUUAUUCAGAACAGGGCUUGUUUUAACUCCACUAAUUAACUCUAGUAUCACUAUUAGCAAAUUAAAAUCUGCACAGAAGAUAGAACUCUUGCGACCCUCCUCAAUUUAUUAAAACAUUUCUUAAGGUAACAUUAUAGAAGAACUUUCAGUGGUGAUUGUUUUUGCCUUUGCCUUUGUGUUGUUUGCAUGAAUUGGCCCUCGUUCAAAAUAACCAACAGGGGAGCCAUUGUGUAAAACAAAUAAGCCAGACACAAACUUACCAAUUUUAUUACAGUCAUCAGCCACACAAUGCUACUGAGCAUUUGCAGACAAUAAAAACUGAGCUGUUAUUGUUUAUUCCUGCAGAACGGUCCAAAUGCCUUCAAGCAAAAUGCCUGACUUGCUCUGGUUGUUCACGCUGUUUUCACAAUUCUGAAAUACAUCAAGUUGAAAUAUCUGCUUUACCUUCUGUUUUCAGGAUCUGGAGAGACGAAACAAUGAGUUGGAGGAUCAGGUUCAGAGUGCAGAAAAGACGCUCGCCUCCAGCUGUGAGGAGCGUGAGCAGGCGGAGGGCGAGGUCAGACGAGUUAUCGAGGUCCUGGAUGUCAAAAUCUGCGACUUGAGAGACCUGAAACAGAGCCUGGCGAAACUCAUCGACAAGUAG